GGGGCUCGGCCGCGGGUGGGCCGCCAUCCCCGGGGGGGCUGGCCUGGGUCCCUGUCCCCGCCACCCGUGUCCCCGCGAGGCACCCGGGCGGGGUCCCCGCUCCUGCCCCUGGCCCCUCUUCGCUGACCCUCUCCGCCACUUCGCACACCCUUCUCCGGAGCCUUCUUGUCAAGGUCUUCCCUCCAGUCUUGGGCUUCCCAUUCUUCCCAGCGCCUUUAUUCCGGGGGGGUUUUCCUCCAACCUUCGUCUGUCUGUCCUUUCCCGGGCUGUGUUCCUUGUUGGGCGGCGGGGACGCGCGACUCCUUUAUGGACUGAAAGAGGUGCCUUUCUGCAUAACCGCACAAAGCUAAUACCGUCGGUGUCCAGAGGAGCCUAGACCCCUGGAUUUUCUGUUAGGCGCUCACCGUGGUGGCUCGAUAGAUGGCUUUCCUACGUGAGAGCCUAGUAUCAUACUUUACAGACAUUUGACAUCUCAUAAUAUAGAGCGGUAGGGGGGAAUUGGGAAGGAAGUGUUAAGUAAAACCCUACUGAGCAAGCCUUUAGGUGAAAAGACGGGGUCAUAAUUCGGAAGAGUCAGCCUGGUUGGGUAAAAUUGCAAUUAAGUGCAGUAUUUUCAGUCCAUUAAGUAGAUGGGGUGGGAGGUGGGAGAAAAGCAGAUGGCUUAGCUACCCAGAUGCAAGUCUAAAAUAGAAAGGUCAAGGCUUUGCCUUUCAUCCGAGUUCUGCUUUUUUAUGGGCUUGGAACAGAUACGGUUUACAGUUGCGUUUCUUUCCAAAUGGAACUGUUCUGAAAUAAUGCCUCAGCAAACACCGGUAAACCAGAGAGUCUUUUGACAUUCAGCUAAUAGUUGUAAUGAAAGGUGUUACUCUGACCACCCAAAAAGUUUAUUAUCGCAAGCUAAGUUUAAACCCACUUCCUGGAUUUCUCUAAAGCCUGGGGGGGCCAAGAAGAGAAAGCUAUUUUGUCUUCAUCUGACCUCGUAGACAACUGAUCAAACCAUUCUCCUGUUAAAAGCAGCAGCCUGUCAAAGGGAAAAGCCACUGAGCAGAUCUGUAGAAUUGAACCGUGUGGAUGCCACAUUUAUAAACCAUCUAGUAAUUAAUUUAAAAAUACUGUCCAGUUACCAAGGGAAUAGUGUGUUUUGGGGAAAUGCAAAAAUAAAAUGGCGUGUAAUACCACCACCUGGGGAUAAACAGCAUUAAUGGUUUAGAGUAGUUCUUUUGUAAAAUAUCAAAGAAAAAGACCUACAGAAUGCCAGUUUUUAAAUACAUAAUUCAGACACUUAAAUAUAGUGGACAUAUUUGCCAAGGUGCAGAAAUUUAGCUCAGGCUAGUACUAUCUGGGCAGUUGUUACUUUUACAUAUACACUUCCAGAAUUGUAGGGACAGCUUAAGGAUUAAGAGGAUGCUCCCCUACUGCUGUUAAUGUAGUACAGUCCUGAACAUUUCAAGGCUUUUAAAACCGAGAUGUGCAGAAUGAAAUGGUAAGAUGUGGGUGGUUUGUGUUUUAAUGUGAUGAGGAAACCAGAUUAAUCUUAAUGUACAUAUCAAUUAGAAAAAUGAUCACAAUGAGAAGGAGGUCACCAAUGGAGCAUGGAAGUUUGUGUUUAAGUUAAAACUAGCAAAAUUGACGUUAGAAAAUAUUAUUCCCCCUUAAAUUGGACACUUAUACUCUGACUUCACAUAAAACCAGACUUUGUACUAUAUUUUGUUCUGAUGCUAGUCAAGAUAAAAAUGGCUGGCUCAUUUAUGUAAAGUAUCUAUAAGGUCCUUAGUGGGUUAAAAGUUUUAAAAUAUGUAAUGACACUUUUAGUUUUUAUUUUAUUCUUUAAAAAAAAGCUUAAGACUUAGACAAGAAUCAGGUCCAGCUGGUUUCAGUGUUAGGCCAUUUUUCUCUUCAAGCACUUCAUUUUACAUGUGAGGCUACUAAGUCCCUAUGCAGAUUUGAAAAAACAAAAACCAAAAACGAGUCAUGUAGAAACAAUUCCAACAUUUCCCCACAAAAUCUCUGACUCUCAAAACACCUGCCACAGUGGGAAUGUUGUCCUCAAAUGUCUGAGAAAAUACUUCGAAGUGAGGUUUUUAAAAAAAUUAUGUGCCUCUUCGUAGGUGUGUGUAUGGGAGUGCAGGUACUCAAGGAAGCCACGGGUGGAGAAUUCUCUGAACCUGCAGUUACAGGCUGAUGUGAAUUGCUGACACAGGGGUCCUGGGGACCCCACUCUAGUCCUCUGCAAGAGCAACAAGUGCUCUUAGCCACCAAGUCGUCUCUCUAGUCCCUAGAAGUAGUGCUGACUACAAAUAGAUAAUUAAGACUUAAAAAGAUACAUUAUCUCAACUUCUCUCAGUUUUUUUUCUCUUCACCUGUUUUGGGAAUUGAACCUAGGGCCUUAUGCAUGUUCCCCAAUUGCUCUACCACUGGGUUAUAUUCCCAGUCCUUUGCCACCAUGCCUGGCUGAAAUUUUGCCUAGGAGUGUACCAUAGUAACACAUUUCCCUCCGCAAUUUAAUUCUCUCAAGUUUUAAAAUAAGAACGGCAGACAUCUAUUAUUCCUAAUCUUGGUAAACUAGAAAGUGACUUAAAACAAGAACCUAGAUUGCCUGGCAGUGAUGGUGCACACCUUCAGCUGCCAGCACUAGGGAGCCAGAGGCCGGCUGAUCUCUGAGUUCUGAGACCAGCCUGGACUACAGAGAGAUUUCCAGGCUAGCUAGGACUAUAGAGAAACCCUGUUCCAAAACGAAACAAAGCCCUUAAACAGCAGCAACAACAAAAACCAGGUUUGUAGCUAAGGAAAGAGUGAAGGUUUAGACCACUUGAAAGUGUCUUAGAAGCUGGAGAACACACUUGCUGCUAUCACAUACAGAUGGAGGUCUGCUUCCCAGCAGCCAUGUCUGAUGGCUCACAACUGCCUAGAACUCCACUCCAAAGGAUCCUGUGCCCUUUUCUAUCCUCAGUGGGGCCAAGCACGGAUGUGGUGUACAUCCGUACAGCUCUCACACACAAAAUAAAAGGAAAGAAAUCCUUUUGAGGAGAGGUUUGGUUUUGUUGUUUAUUUGGAAUUUUUUUGUUUUGUUUUCUCUCAAUAGGGUUUCCCUGUAUAGCUCUGGCUGUUCUGGAACUCACUCUGUAGACCAGGCUAGCAUCAAACUCUGAGACCCUUCUGCCUCUGAUUCCUGAGUGCUGGGAUCAAAGGCAGGAGCCACCACCACCAGGCUACCAGGCUGAGAUUUGGGUGUUUGCAACAAUGUUUCACUAUAGCUUUGGCUGCCCUGUAGCUCACUAAGUAGACCAGGCUGACUUGGAGCCUACAGAGAUUUUCCUGUCUCUGUCUCCUAAAGGCUGGGCUUAAUGGGGGCGAGCUACCAUCCCUGGCUAAAAAGUUUUUUAGAGUAAUAUUUAGCUUAAAAUUUUUACCUUACUGCUCCCAAGUAUAAACCCUGUACAUUAGCAUACCACUCUUAUGCAAAAGCAACAUGUAACAUUUUGAAAGAACAAUAAUUAUAAAGUGUCAACAACUCCCACUCCACCUAUGAAAAGGUUCUCCUGCCUCCCUCUCCCAAGUACUAGGAUUCCAUGCCUGGCUUCUUUUUUUUUUUCCUGGUUGGUAUCCAUUCUACCAUUAAGCCACAUCUCCGGACUCUAAUUCUCGCAUAAAAAAUUAUAACUGAUGUUAUAUUCAACUUGAAUGUGAGGGUAUAAGCAACUCGUGUAGAUUAAUAAGUCAGUACUGUGCAUCCCCCAGCCCCAUGCAACACUAAGGAUUAAUUUGUUUUAAUCUGUGAGAAAUAAAUACACUGAAGUCUUAUUUUAAAGCUGUGUUGUCACAUUUCCAAAGCAGUUGCUUUCUCGGUUAUUCAUUUGGGCUGGGACGGGCUUCCCAAGGGGGAGAGAGCUAUCGCAGCAGGCUGGCGAAGUUAAGUAGUUACAGAUGGCUCGCCGUAGCAUUGAAGAUGGCACUUUUAAAAUGGUUUGGAAAACAAAACCACUGGUUAUAGACCCUAAUAACCCAGUUCUGUUGAGUCAUGGAUGAUUUUGGGAAAGGUCAGGAGGUGGUUCAGCUUUGCUUCAUCUCUACAAAUAUACACGGAUAAGUACACGCGUGAAAAUCAUCUCACUCAUCUCAAAGAUGGAACGCCUUCUUAUGAAGAGUAAGAAAGGCUCACUGAAAAGUAGGGAAAUUUUACAUAAACAGAAAGGGUGAUGUAAAUCCAGUUUAGUGCUAAUCACAGUUCCCAAGUUUUUCCCUUCUCUUGGCCUUUGAGGCCAGUACUUUGCUGGGAGUUUUCAAACACCCUUCUGGUCUGGCUGUGCUGACGCUCGUCCUUGGCCUUCUCAUCACUGCCUGCUGUCAUCAAGAUCAGUCACUCCCGGGCUUGGCUGCUGCGGUUAUGCUAACAGCCAGCGCUGCCUCCAUCCUUGCUUGGCCUGCUCAUGGAGCAGCUUCCUCCUGGGCGUCUAAAGGCUCCACAGACUUAACUGUCCAACGUCCUCCACCACUCCCAAGACAAAACCAAAGCCCGGUACUCAGGGAGUCGCUUGUGUGCUUCGUUGCUGGGGAUUGUGCCUGCACUCGGCUAGCUCUGCACCCCUCAUAUCCAGCUCCAGCAUGACACCUCAUACUCUUUGUAGUGAGUCCACCCCUGGCUUCCUUUUUAACCCCUCACAUUUGAUUUGUUCCCUUUGUAAACAUCUCAUAAAUGUGACUCUUCCUAGUCCCACUGUCCUUAACUCUUGUUCAUUUUAUUUAUCUUUUUGUGGCUAGAGUUACUACUAUCGGACUAGGUUAUAUAGAUAUUUCCUUUCUUUUUAAGUUUUAUUUAUUCUAUGUAUAUGUGUGUUUAGCCGGCAUAUAUUUCGGGGCACCACAUGCAUAGUUAACAGAGGAUUGUGAGCCAUCAUGUCAGUGCCGGGAAUUGAACCUGAGUCCUCUGAAAGAGCUGUCAAUGCUCUUAACCACCAAGCCAUCUCUCCAGCUUGUGAUUAUAUAGAUUUUCUAAGUAUUUUACUAAAACAUUUAAAAAUUUUAGUAGUAAUAUAUAUUUCUAAUAUAUAUAUACAUAAUAUUAUCUAUUACAUAUAUAUCAUAUGUGUGUGUGCGUGUCUCUAUACAUAUAUGUGUGUGCUUCUGGGAGUCAGGUCUCUCCUUUUGCCGCCAUAUGGGUCAAUACAAGACUUCUGAUCCCAACUAUAAAGACAAGAGUUCCAAAAAUUUUUAGAAGAAAGAAAUGUAAGUCCACCCUCAUCUCUAAGACCAGUGCUGCAAGUUUGGGGUUUCUCAAAACUGCUCUCAAAUCCAGUAAUUCUCUAGAAAGACAAAUAGAACUCAUUGGUUACUAUGAAUAUAGUUUAUUGCAAGAACACACUGUAGAUUAAAACCAGCCUAAGAGAUGUACUCUAGAGAGUGGCAGAUGUCAAGAGUCUCCUGUGCUCGGGGGACAUCACACUCCCAUAACAAACAUGCAGUGCUGUGCUCAAGUAUGACAGUCUGAGUCCUACCCAACUCCCAGUUUUCAGAAUUCUCUCUGGUAUCUGAUACACUUAGGAAUAUCUCUGAUGUAAUCAGAGAUUCUGGAGGCUUAAAGUUUUCCUCCUCAGACCUGAGGACAAAGCUGGACCUUUCUUUAGGCAAAGCCGAAUUGUAGGUAGUGAGGCUUUGUAUCCCUCUGUCCGUCCACUUCUAGCAAGUACACCAGCUAUAGGCUAUAUCAGUGUGCAUAUCCUAUUCUCUCUUUAACAUCUCACUUUCCAAUAGUGUCUCUUUCCCUGUUGAGAAUGCUGCACACUACAUCAAUGGCCCAGCCCAACCUCCUGUAUUGUUUGGGUUCCUUUAGGAAACCUGUCCUCACCACCCCCACAUUUAUGAUGAACUGUGUCCCUUCUGUGUCCCCUUCCAGACUACUCAGUGAUACUCUGUAAGCUCUUGUUUCAUUCACAUCUGAUGAUUAUAUCUUCACAUUCAACCAGUGGUCUUUACAGUAAGGUGUAACUAAAUUCACACAAGAGCAAAGAAAAAAAGGUAAACUUUUAUUAUAUACAAAAUAUGGAAUUAAGCCAAGCACGGUAGUGCAUACUGUAAGUCCCAGCAUUCUGGAGAUGGAGGCUGGAGGAUGGCCCAUUUGAGGCCAGCCUGUGCUACAGCAAGUUUAAGGACACAUAGCAUGCACUUCCAAAAUGCAAGAGCUGAAGAUGAAGAUGUGGUCGAGAGGGAAGACCUCAGAUUCAAUCCCCAGUAGUGCCAAGAAGAAGAGUGCUAUUAAUAUUUACUGUGAUUGUGGAAAUUGGUAGUUUGCUCUGAAUGCAGCUGACUUCGCAGUAAACUUGUGAGCUAAGAGAUUAAUAGUGGUGCCUUUUCUAACUUUUAGGACAUUGUAAACUGUGCAGUUCACCUGUGCCUGAUUAAAUAGAAAUUAAGGAUUAUUUUUCCUGGUUUAAAAAUUUUUAGUUUGUGUGAAAUGGUCAAAUAACUUAAAAAUUUUCUGCAAUAACUGGGGGCUCAGAGAAUGAGGGCUUGCUGUGCAAGCAUGAGGACUACUGCUCAAGUCCUAGCACUCCCCAGCAAGACAGGCAUAAUGUCCUCACUCCAGCUCUGAGGAAUCCAGUUUCUUCUUCUUCUGGCUUCUGUGUGCACACUGCCCACCCCAUGCCCCAGCCCAACACACACACACACACACACACACACACACACACACACACACACACACACACACAUUCAUGCCCAUACAUACCCAUAAAUAAGUUUUUAAAAAAUGUUUAAGAUUGAACUUUGUAACAAAAGCUUAAGAUUUUUUUUUAAAUGUAGCCUUGGCUGUCCUGGAACUCUGUAGACCAGGUUGGCCACAAACUCAGAGAUCUGCCUGCCUCUGCCCCCUGAAUGCUGGGAUUAAAGGUGUGCGCCACCACUGCCUGGUGCAUAAAACUUUUUAAAAAUGCCCUACUUAGUUAAAUAUAAUUUUUCUAAAUAAAUAGUGUUUCAGAAAUGAGUAAAAAUGCAAGUAAAAACACUGUGUGUAUAAGAAACAUUGGUAUAUAAGAAAUGUCUGCUGGGAGAUGGUGGUGAGCACCUUUAGUCCCAGCACUUAGGAGACAGAGCAGGUACAUCUCUGAGUUUGAGGCCAGCCAGGGCUACAUAGUGAAACCAUGUUUCAACUUGGGGAGUUUAAAAAAAAGACAGAGGUUGGGGUAGUGGGGUAGGGGUGAAGCUCAGUGGCAGAUAACUUGUGUAGCGUGGGCAAGACCAUCAGUUUGAUCCCAGCACUUCAAACAAACAAAACAAAGCCAAGUAUGGUGGCACAAACCCAUAACCCCUCUUGUGAGGGGGUGGGGGUGCUGAGGCAGGAGGAUGGUGAGCUGAGCUAACCUGGGCUAUAAUACCAAGAUCCUGUGCAUCACUGACAAAGUAUCUCACAAAAGCAGGAGAAGGGAAGGGAGGGUUUAUUUUGGCUCAGAGCUUGAGGAUGUAGCCUGCAGCCAUGGGGCAGGAGAACACUGUCAGGAAGCAGAGGAAUGAGCGCCCUUACCUCGCUUGCUUUCUUGCAUUUAUCCUGGGACUCUGGCCUAUGAGACAGUGCCAGCCAUAGUGCAUCUUCCGAUCUCAUUUAAACCAGUCUUGAAACCUCCUCACGGACAGACCCUGACUAACCAUCAUACCCUGUAUGUAAAUCUGCUCCCCCAUCCUGUGUUUGUGUGUGCAUACGUGCAAGAGGCACAGUGGAUGGGAUGCCCUCCAUGGUGGCAGGAUUUUAGGUGUGACAUUACUUUGAGGAUAUUAUGGUGGUCGUCCUUUGGAUAAGUCUCAUUUUCUUAAGACUUAUUUCUGAAUUUGAGAUUGCUAUAUUGAAAGAUAUUUGCAGCUGGUGUGGUGGCACACACCUUUAAUUCCAGUACUUGGAAGACAGACGUGGAUCCUUGUGAGUUGCAGGCCAGCUUGGAAGUUUCCGGACAAGGACUACAUAGAGAGACCCUGUCUCAGUAGAAACAACCCAAAACCAAGACCGCCACAAACCCUAACACACACACACACACACACACACACACACACACACACACACACACACAAAACAACAAAAAGAUAUUUAUUUAAGUCUUUUGAUACCUAGUUCUAAAAUUAAUGUUUUUAAACAUGAUUUUACUAUUUUAUACUUGAAGCAGAUAUUUUUUUUAAAUGAGAAUGUUUCACUCCUUUAUUAUUAUUAUUUUUUGGUUAUUUUUUUUUUCGGAGCUGGGGACCAAACCCAGGCCUUGCGCUUCUUAGGCAAGCGCUCUACCACUGAGCUAAACCCCCAACCCCUAGAUUUUUUUUUUUAAAGAUUUAUUUUAUGUAUGUGAGUACACUGUAACUAUCUUCAGACACACCAGAAGAGGGCAUCAGAUCUCAUUACAGAUGGUUGUGAGCCACCAUGUGGUUGCUGGGAAUUGAACUCAGGACCUCUGGAAGAGCAGUCAGUGCUCUUAACCACUGAGCCAUCUCUCCAGCCCUGAAGCAGAUUUUUUUUGUGAUAUAAGUUAUAACAAUGUUUGUUACAUCAGCGGACUGCGCAUACAGUGUUGGUACCAUAAGAUUAUAUUGCCUAGCAACAUCGCAGUGUUUUGCACACAACGCGAUGCUCCGACAGAGAUCACAAACCAUCAAUGAAUCCAUUUCUCAGAAUAUUUCCUCUUUGACCCUCCAUGCGUGGUGACAGUGUAAGAAAAUGAGUGUUAGUACUAUGAAGUAAUCUAUUGAAAAAAACAACAGGAUAAUGAAACAAAUUGCUAAUAUAUCCAUUAUUUAGUUUCAAAUAUCUCAAGGAAAUGAAACACUUCAUACGGAACUAAGCAUGGUGGCUUAUGUUUGUAAUCCCAGCAUCCAGAGGCUGAGGCAGAAGAGUCGCUGCAAGUUCAAAACCAGCCUGUAAUACAUUUGCCGCGCGUGAUUUGGUCGGUACACGGUGAGGUUUCUGUCCUUUUUGGUAGUGAGCUUUUUCAAAGACCUUUGAAAAACAGAUGUACCCAGUAGAUGUCGUUCUUUUACCUUCCCAUUUUUAGCGACUCCAUGUUCCGUUUCUUUCUUGGCUGGGAUUAUUUAUUCAGUCUUGUUUUGAUGGACAUGUGGGUCAGUUCCAUUUCGGAGAGCGUAUUCCCAUAUUAGGAAGUUAAUGCUAGUUGUCCCAAUGGAAGCAUCCUGAAACCUCAAAGUUUUAACACAUUAAUCUCUUGCUUGCCUGGAGUCCCUUCUAUAGCAAACAAGGAUCUUUGUCUCGUGGUUUUGGGGAGAGACACAGGCUGAUAAGAGCUCUGCGAGCUUUGCAAAGUUGCCCUAGGCAUCAACAUCUACCAGUCAACCAUUAGAAAGAGACUGGUGUUUGAGGGUUUUAGAGGCCAGGCCUUAGAAGUAGCAUAGAUAUGUCACUUUCCUUCACGUUCCAUUGGCUAGACUAGUCAUGUGACACCAUGGCCUGCAUUCCCCAACAAAGGAGUAUGGGAAACAAAGUCUCUGGCAUGGCAGUUACUCAAGAAACAACUCCAAAUUGUGGAAAGGGAGCUGGAACCUCUGCCCUAUAAAUUCCCUACACUUUGGAUAUGUCUCAAAUGCAUAUGUUCAUAACUUUCUGAGCUGCAUACUUAGAAGAAUAGUCAGAUUGAUAUUUUAUAUCAAUGUUACCAAAUUGCUUUGUCCCAAUAACACUGUGAGAGAUCUGAUUUCCUUAUAUUUUUGUUAUUUAAAAUGUUGUUUACCCCUCUUUGAUGGUGAGGGACUCUUUUUUUUUUUUAUCUUUAUUAACUUGAGUAUUUCUUAUUUACAUUUCGAUUGUUAUUCCCCUUCCCGGUUUCCGGGCCAACAUCCCCCUAACCCCUCCCCCUCCCCUUCUCUAUGGGUGUUCCCCUCCCCAUCCUCCCCCCAUUACCGCCCUCCCCCCAACAAUCACGUUCACUGGGGGUUCAGUCUUGGCAGGACCAAGGGCUUCCCCUUCCACUGGUGCUCUUACUAGGAUAUUCAUUGCUACCUAUGAGGUUGGAGUCCAGGGUCAGUCCAUGUAUAGUCUUUGGGUAGUGGCUUAGGCCCUGGAAGCUCUGGUUGCUUGGCAUUGUUGUUCAUAUGGGGUCUCGAGCCCCUUCAAGCUCUUUCAGUCCUUUAAGAUUCCUUCAACGGGGGUCCCAUUCUCAGUUCAGUGGUUUAAUGAUAGCAUUCACCUACGUAUUUGCUGUAUUCUGGGUGUGUCUCUCAGGAGAGAUCUACAUCCGGCUCCUGUCGGCCUGCACUUCUUUGCUUCAUCCAUCUUGUCUAAUUGGGUGGCUGUAUAUGUAUGGGCCACGUGUGGGGCAGGCUCUGAAUGGGCAUUCCUUCUGCCUCUGUUCUAAACUUUGCCUCCCUAUUCCCUCCCAAGGGUAUUCUUGUUCCCCUUUUAAAGAAGGAGUGAAGCAUUUGCACUUUGGUCAUCCUUCUUGAGUUUCAUGUGUUCUGUGCAUCUAGGGUAAUUCAAGCAUUUGGGCUAAUAGCCACUUAUCAAUGAGUGCAUACCAUGUGUGGGUGAGGGACUCUUAUCAUAACCCUUUGACCCAUAAGCCCCAAAUAAAUACAUCCCUUCUAUAAAUACAUUAAAAAGUAAAUAAAUUUAAUCUUGUGUGUGUGUGUGUGUGUGUGUGUGUGUGUGUGUUGUCUGUAAAUAUCUGUGUAUUCUCUGUGUGCUUAGCACCUGGGAAGGCUGAAGAGGGCACUGACCGGUGUUACGGUUGUGUGGUGUUAUGUGGGUGCUGGGCCAUUGAGCCAUCUCUGUCCCUUCUCGUUGCUAUGUCAUUUGCUAUAGAACACCCUACAUUUUUACAGUAUAUAGCAAUAUCGCCACUGAUAUUUAUAGACCAGACAAAUAUUUUUGACUGAUUAUAAUCUUGAUUUAGGACGUUCUAGAAGGGGAGUGAGUACCUAGAAUGCUAGACCAGCUCUAUCGAGCAGGUUACCUGGUUCGGGUGUUUGUUUUGUUUUGUUUUCUUGCAGCUGAUGACUGAAGCAAGGCUGUGCAUUUGCUGGGCAGAUGCUUCAGUUCAGCUCACAUGAGCCACAUGUACUGUGUUAAACUUUGCAUUAACCACACAGCAGAAAGUGAAAAGAGCUGCUGUGGUUGGUAGCUGUAAAUGCCGGGAGUCAGAACGAGGCUGAAGGCUUACCGUGAGUUUGAGGCCAGUCUGGAUUAUACAAUGAGUUGAGCCAGGAUUAUGUAGGGAAAUCGUAUCUCAAAUAAAAGAGAAAAAAAUGAGAAGAAAAAAAGCUUAGUUUAGUCUUAAUAACUUAGACAGAAGUACCCAAAAUAUUUAGAUUUCAAUCUAUCUGUAAUCUACAUAAAUAUUAUAUAAAAUUCUCAUUUCACGUUUUUAAAGUUCUGUGUGUAUUUUAUAAUGACAGCACAGUUCUACUCGAACACUUUGUAGCCACAGGGUGGCCAGUGGUUGUCCUAGUGAACUGUACAGGCUUUAAAGGUUGGAAUUGCAGGCUUUACUCAGUGGUAAAAGUUUUGUCCUCCAUGUGUGGGACCCCUGAGUUCAAUCCCUAGUGCUGGAAGAGAAAAUAGCUCGGCAUAAUGAGCACAUGAUCAUCGAGUGAUGUCCUGCGCACAUUCUUAGGUUUCCGUGUUUAGAGCAGUGCAUGCGUCUUUAGGGAGCCAUUUCAGAACGUCCCUAUACCCGCAUAGAGAAGCAAAGUGGAGCGUUUUAAUUAUUUUGUUUAGAAAUCUUUUAAUUUCAUUUCUAAAUGAAAACAAAAUGUUCCGCCUCCAUUCCCACCAGUCUGGUCCAAGCCACAAAAUACCAGACAAUUUUCCAUAUUCCAGGGUUUUGCUUCUCUGUCUGCCUUAACACAUCACAGUGUUGUAGCUGGGGUUGAUGUGCUUGACGAGCCUGCAAGGUCCUACCUGAGAUAGCUCUUGGCUGCCUCAGCCAGUCUCACCUCAGCUACCCUGUGUUCUUGACCGGGGAUUAUUCACCAGUCACAAAGGUCUCAAUGGAGUCUGCAGUGAUCUCUCCGCCUUUGAGGUUUUGUUUCCUUUGCCCAGUCGGCUUUUGUUUUUCCUUUUUUCUGCUCAUCUCAACUACUAGGUUUUAUUUAUCUCUUCCCCAUAGAAUUACUUAUUUCCUUCUAGAAAAGAUUCCAUUUGUUUAUCUGUUUGUUAUAUGUGAGGGCGUGUGUUUGGAGGUCACAUGAAGGUCAGAGGAUAAUCUGGAGGAGUCAGCUCUCUCCUUCCACCGUGUACGUUCCUGGUCCUUAGGUUUGGUGGCAAAUACCAUUAUUGUCUGAGCUAUCACCAGUCCUUUUACAAAGGGUACCAUGUGCUGGGUGGUUAAUCUCAGCACUAAGGAGACAGAGGCAAGCAGAUCUCUGAGUUCAAGGUUAGCUUGGUCUACAGAGUGAGUUCCAGGACAGCCAGGGCUACACAGAGAAGCCCUUUGUUGGAAAAAAAAAAUCAUAUAACAUGCUGGCUUUGAACUUACUAUAUAGCUGAAGAUAACAUUUAACUUUCGAUCCUCCUGCCUCUGCCAACUGAGUAUUGGGAUACAGGCAUGAUGCACUGGCACUCCUGGUUUAUGUAGUACUGAACUCAGGAUUCUGUUCAUGUUUGAAAACACUCUACCAACUGAACUAUAGCCCCACCUAGCCCAUGCCUCUGCUUUUUGUUGUUGUGUUGUGAGACAGCGUCUUAUGUAGCCCAGGCUGGCCCAGAACGUGAUCUAUAUUAGGAUAACUCUGAGCCUCUGAUCCCUCCAACCCCCACCCCGCAGGCUGAGAUUACAGUGUGCACCCGCGAGCCUGGUUUUAGGUAGUAACGGAAAUGGAGACCAGGGCUCUGGGCGUGCUGGACAAGCCCUCCACCAACCAAGCCACACCCUCAGUCCAACAUCUUGACUUAAGAAAAAAGAACUCAAGCCAGCGCUUUCAAGACUGAGACAAGGAUUGAAGCUUAGGGUAUUAUCAGAGAGGGUAGCAUUAGAAGGACCAUGUCUGGGGAGUGGGUUCAGGAACCUGCCUUGCCCAGGGCAUUCUCUAAUUUGGAUUGGUAAAUAAAAGCAUCUUUGUGGAAAAUAAAGUUAAAAUCAUAAAUCUGUCGACACUCAGCAUUGUCUGCGUCCAGAAUGAUUGAGCCCUCUUAGGAUGAUGCCCUGUCCUGACACAGUGUUAUACAGAGUCAGGAUGACGCCCUGUCCUGACACAGUGUUAUACAGAGUUGGUUUAGGCACUGUUGUGCAUUUGUUCCCUCCUUUAUCCAUGGCAGAAAAUAUAUGUAUUUUAUUAGUAAAUAAUUCUGUAAAUGAGAAAGCCAAGACAGAUGUGAAAGAAAAGUUUCCCUGUCGGUAUGUCAAUGUAUCGUUCUCUAGAAAGUCUGAGGUAAGGAAUGCCAGUUAAUGGUGACCAUUUUAUGAUUCUCCUGUUACAUUAUGAACCUAUUUUCUAUCAAGAAAAAUUUCAGUGAAGAUGCAGAUGUAGUAAUUCUUUGAGUUUUUAAUCACUGCCAUUUGCUUAUUUCAGAUUAUUUAAAACAUUUCUGUGUCUGUGUGUGUGUGCGCGCGCGCGCACGCGCGUGCGCGCAUGUGCACACGCAUACAUGCAUGUGUCCAUGUAUGAGUGCAGGCACAUCUGAAGGUCAGAGGACAACCUUAGGUGUUAGUUUUCACUUUCCACCUUGUUUUUCCACUGUGUACUCCAGGCUAGCUGGUCUGUAAACCUACGUCUCUCCACCUCUGGCUUUUACAUGGGCUUUUAGAGAUUCGAACUUGGGCCCUAACUCCUGUGUAGUGAGCAUUUACCCACUGAACCCUCUCCCUAGCUCUAGUUUAGGCUUUAUUAGAUCUUGUGUUAUUACGUUAGUAGCUGCCCAGCUAAUCUCCCUGGCAUUGGUCUUUCCCUUUUUGAGACAGGGUUUCUCUGUAUAGAUCAGGCUGUCUUAGAACAGAGAGCCGCCUGCCUCUGCCUCCCUAGUGUCAGGUUUAAAAGCCUUUUACCACUGUGUCUGACUGCCAUGGUUGUUUCUUCCUUAAGUCUGAAUUAGUCAUCAGUAUCUCCUAAGAUACUCAUAGAUCCACAAUUCCCUGCCUUGCUGCCAUAGAUGAGCAUCUUCUGGUAACGAUAAUUAGCAUCGCUUUUUAUGGAGAGGGGAAGCAGGCUUUUCAUAUUGUCUUUCGUGCAGAAAGUUAGCCUGUUCAGAGGCUACCUACAGAUGAAGAGCAAUUUAAGGACUUUUAUUUUUGCACCAAAUACUGUACUGUUCUGAACUCUUGCUUUAAAAAAGGUUUGUUUGCUUAUUUAUUUAUUUAUUUAUUUAUUUAUUUAUUUAUUUAUUUAUUUAUUUUAUAUAAGAACACUGUAGCUGUCUUCAUGCAUACCAGAAGAGGUAUCAGAUCCCAUUACAGAUGGUUGUGAGCCACCAUGUGGUUGCUGGGAAUUGAACUCAGGACUUCUGGAAGAGCAGUCAGUGCUCUUAACCAUUGAGCCAUCUCUCCAGCCCAAUUCUUGCUUUUAAUAACAGAAAAAAGCGGGGCUAGAGAGGUGGCUCAGUGGUUAAGAGCACUGGCUGCUCUUCCAGAGGACUCCGGUUUGAGUCCCAGCAUCCACAUGCCAGCUCACAACUGUCUGUCAUGAGCAACUGAAAGGUGAUCCAAUUCUCCAGUUCUAGGAGAUCUGAAGGCAAAACACCAAAUGCAUACAUCAUAAAAAUAAAUAAAUCAUUUAAAAAAGCCGCCCACUCUCAAUGCGGGGAUUCUUCACCUUCACCCCACACUUUAUAAACGAAAUGAAACGAAAAGAACGUUAUUAGUGCUGCUACUGCAGACAGAAUUUGAAAUCCAGCAAUUAUUUAAACAAUAAAUUAAAAAAACAGUUUGCAACUUGGUGUAUAGCUGGUAGGAAUGGCAAGUUUUUUCUUUAAAGGUAAUUGUUCAUUUACCAAGAUGCCUGGAGAUAUUUUUUCCUAUUAAAUAGUUGACUGAUGCUGCAAUCUAUUUAAAAUUUAAAUUUCAAUUAUUAUUGAAGUAGCCAGAGGCAGCCUUUUUCUCUAUAUUUUAAAAAUCCUAAUGUUAUAGCAUCUACUCAAAACAUGUCUGUUUUGCAAAGCAAUCCCUUUUUAAGAUUGUGAGUGUGUAUGCACACAGAGGUCAGAGGUCAACAUCAUGUUUUCCUUAAUUGCUGUCCACCUUGUUUUUUGAGACCGGGUCUCUCACUGAACAUGAAGUUGGCGGGUUCAGCUGAGUUGGUUGGUUGUCAGGAGCUCUGGGGAUCUGCCUGCCUGCCUGCCUUCCCAGCGCGGGAGUUGCAGGGGUGCCUGCAGUGCCUGUGGGCAUGGGGGGCUCCUUUGGUCCUCUGCUUGCACAGCAACCACUUUGCCUUUGUCAUUUCUCAGUCCGUAUUUGUUUUCUAUGAUGCUGAUGUUUGAACCUUGAACCAAGACUUUCAUGAAUGCCAACCGUGUGUUCUACCACUGAGAGACAACGUCAGUCCCCCUUUUAAUUUUUUUAAAAAUAUUUUGAGACAGUCUCACUAUGUAGCCUUGGUUGGCCUGGAGUUUCCUCUGUACACCAGGCUGUCCUAGAAUGCAUAGAAAUCUGCCUGCCUCUACCUCUCUAGUUCUGGGAUUAAAGGCAUGCACCACCACACCCAGAUACCUUUUAAACAUUUUUUACUAUGUAAAAUGUAUGAGUGUUUUGCCCGCAUGUGUGUGUGUGUGUGUGUGUGUGUGUGUGUGUGUGUGUGUGUGUUCUGGUCCCUGUGGAGGCCAGAAGAGGAUAUCAGAGCCCCUGUUAGCUCUCCUGGCACUGGAGUUAGAGAUGGUUGUGAGCUACCAUGUGGGUGCUGGGAAUUGAACCUCAGUCCUUUGCAAGAGCAAGGAGCAGUCUAAACUGGUAAACCAUCUCUCCAGCCCCAAUUAUUUUUAAUUAUUUAAAGAAAAAGAGAAAGACUUUUGAGUUUGCAAACUAUAUUAAGUCAUAAUGUAGCAUAUGAUAUUUUAAGAACCCAGUAAAACACAUACUGUCAUUAAUAAGCAGUAGAUUAGAAUGUAACCGGAGGAAUUGUUAUUAUGUAUCACCAUUGUAUCUGUCUACUGUAAAGGUUUAGAAUCAUCUCUGUGAAGUCAGUUUUCUUUUGAAUAGUACAUUGAGAAUGGCUCCAAGUAAAUGUUGGCAUUAAAGGCCAGAUUUCCGUUGACUCUAAGAGAAAAUAAAAUAAAAUAUAGGACAAGUGAUAUUAUUAUAUACUGAGGACCUGGAUUUGAACCCUAGUACUUAUCAAAAACUGAGCAAAAAGAUGGUCAUUUAGGUCUAUAAAAAUAUAUUGAUGAUCAGGGAGCUAGGGUGUGGUUAAGGGGCAAAGUAAUUGAGCAGCAUUCGUGAAGCCCUGAGAUUGAUCCCAGUAAGGGAGGAAGAAGAGAAGGAAGAGGACGGUAAAACACAUUGAAAAUCAAAUAUAAAAUAAAGGCAUUCCCUUAGAACAAAGUCCAAUAAUUGUAAAAAGCGCCUUAAAGUUAUACUCUUAGUCAAAUGAGCUAAUUAAACGCCACAGUGGAAAAGUCCAUUAAAUACGACAUUAAGUAAUUAGUACAUUUUAUAUUCCUACAUAGGUCAGAAUCAUCAAACCAUGAAACUGAAUUUCUUCUCAUUUCCCCAAAGACUAUAAAAGAUUUUAAUUAAUUGAGCUUUCCAUUUUGAGAAUUUCCUUGGUUUAAAAAGCUUUUUAUUUUAUUAUAACCUUUUUUAAAGUGGUUGUCUAAUAAAUACAGCUUUCUCUGUUGCCUGGUAGUUUUUGUGGUUGAUACAGACCAUGGGAAAUUACUAUAUUAUUCAGUUUCUUCAGCAUAGAUGACCAGCUAUGUUCAAAGUACUAACUCAUUUGACAUUUUAUGAUAUGCAUAAUUAACAGUAAAUUCUAAGAAAAUAUAAUUUAAAACUAUUUUUUGAAACAAGUUAACAUGAAGUUUAUUGUUUCCUUACUACAGAAAGGGUUUCGAGUGGUAAAAUGUUCUAUAAUGAAAGUAUUUAUUGGGUUGGGGAUUUAGCUCAGUGGUAGAGCGCUUGCCUAGGAAGCGCAAGGACCUGGGUUCGGUCCUCAGCUCCGGAAAAAAAAAAGUAUUUAUUCAUAGUAGUAUUUAUCAUAUGCCAACCACUGUGCUGACUACUGCUUCAGAGAAAUAAGUCAGCUUUUUCCUCUUCUCACACAAGCAGACCAGCGAGGCAGAGAGACGCAGCCUGAGUGCAGUCAGAGUCAGUAGCUGUCUGUGGGGCUGUGUGCUAAGUACCACAGUGCUUUCAUUCUGCUUCACCAAUGGAAGUGAUUCCUAGACACCAGGUGCGUCUCCAAGGUCACACGAGAUAAGCGGUACAACCGGGACUGGAAGUCUGCUGUACCUGACUCUGAAACUUGUUAAUCUUAGACACUGAGCGGGCUCUGCCGUCUCUGAACUGACUCUUACUUCUGCCUUCCAAUUUGUUUGCUUUAGCUUUUAGAACAGUGACUUGUAAAUUUAUGCACUUGUGCUCUCUCUCUCUCUCUCUCUCUCUCUCUCUCUCUCUCUCACUCUCGCACUCACACUCCCUCCUUCCUUCCCUCCACCCCACUUCUUUCUUCAUCUAAUUGAUACCAAUAUGUAAAGACUUCAGAAUUGAAUAGUUCCUAAAGUGUACCCAUUUCACUGUGCUUAAAUCUUAUUUGCUUCCCAAAGAUGUAAAGAGAUUAAGUAUUGUUUUUUUUUUGUAUCUAUUCCACUGUGUAAUCAUAUCUUGCACAUGAUAAAUGUCCCAAAAUACUAAAGUCCUUAAAGACAUGUCUGGAGGAAUGGAAGCACCCUUGGAUGCUGGUUGAAUAGAAAAGAUAGCACAAGAUGGUGACUCAGAUCAUAACUCAGCUUAUAUUAUUCAUUACUUUACGUCCUUCUUCAAUCGAGAGUCAGCCCUCAACACUCAGUUCAAGGUCUCUCCUACUAGACGCAUGUUCCAGAGGGGAGCCAGAAGUACCAUGCCCUCCCGUGGCCCACACCGGUGUCUCUUUACUUCUGUUUUCCAAGUUGGGAAUUGAACUCAGGAUCUCACGCAUGCCAGACAGACGCUCUACCUGUGAGCUAUAACUCUAGGCCCUGUUUAGGCCAGCACUCUACCACACAGCUAUAGCCUCAGUCACAAGACCUCAUCUUUUAAAACUACUUUGGGGCGGAGGUGGGGAAUGCUGGAGAGAUGGCUGAAGGUUUAGAGCACUGGCUCUAAGGACAGGGGUUGUGGUCCCCAGGAUGCACAUAUCAGUUCACAAUCAUCCUUAAUUCCAGUCCCAGGAGAUCUGAUUCUCUCUUCUGGGUCCGUGUGCACCAGGCAGACAUACAGGCAGUACAAGCAAAGCAGCUUCUCCAUGGUUUCUGCUCCAGUUCCGGCCUCCAGGUUCCUUUGCAAGCCCCUGCCCUGACUUCCCUGGAUGGUAGCUUCUAACUUGUAAGAUGUAAUAAGCCCUUUUCUCCCCAAGUUGCUUUUGGUCAUGGUUUCUCAUAGUAACAGAGAAGCAAAACUAUUACAGCCAUACAGGCAGUUAGAGUAGGUCUACAAAUUAAACAUUCACUGAUAAUAAAUCAUAAGUUUAUUUUAACACAAUUCUUUGGUAUCCAUAUAACUUUACCGUUUAUUAAAGAUGAGUGCAAGUAAGCACACUAAUGAGACAGAUUGCUUAUUUAUGUUUCAUGAAUAAUUUAAUCCUGACUGCGUAUUUGAGACUGCAGGACAUAGAGCAUCUUCUGUGCCGUUCACAGUUAAUUGAUAAUUCGCUUUUACAGUCAUCCAUGUUGAGGAGGCCACUCUGCAUUCAUAUACACUACAGAAAGGCAGAGGCCCAUUUAGGGCUGUUUCCAAAAUGGUUGACAAUUCUCUCCUAAUUUCAAGCCAAAAUUCAUUUAGUGAUUUUUAUUAAACUCAAGUGAGCAAUGCAAACAGCUGUUUUAAAAUCAAACAUCCUUCACAGUCCAAUCCAAAAGUAUGCUAAUCUGAUACAUUUUGAGGAAUGACUGCAGGAAAAUAUAAAAUGCCUUUGUUCUCUAUAAUCAAACUGUUUUAAAAAUUAGAUGUGUUCAUUUUUAAGACAUUUAUAUGUGAGUGGUUUGCCUGCGUGUAUGUGCAUCAUGUUCAUGCCUGCUGCCUGUGGAGGUCAGAAGAGAACAUCAGUUCCCUUGACACUAGAGGUGUGGCUGGUUGACCAGGGUCCUCUAUAAGAGCAAGUGCCCUUAACCAUUGAGGAGCCACCUCUCUAGCCCUCAUUAUGUUCUUAUAGGAUCAGAGAAUGCCACAUGUAUGGUAGAGGCAGUGCGGUUUAUAACUUACAGUAGUCUUGACUCCAGGCUGGUGUUUCACAGUAUCUUUGGUGCUGUGUGGCUGAGGCAUGCAUAGUUUGUGUGAAGUAUGCAUGUUUGUGUCAUUAGGACCAAGGCUGAGGUGAAACGGCACGAUGCAGUACCGAGAAAUGCUUCCAGAAAACCUGGAAUUCAUUGUGCAUCUGAUUUGGAUCCUUGGUCAUUUUGUACUCAGAAUCAUUUUAUUGUUGCCAUUCCCGUUUUGUGUGAUGCCCACGUUUGGUUAGGUAACCCCAUUAGGAGUUACAUCCCCUAGUUUAAGAUGCUUUUCUGUAAGCAUGGUGAACAGCAAAGUCCAAGAACUACUGCUUCAAGGAGAACAUAGGGAUCCAAUUAAUGUCUCAUUUACAUGAUAUUUGUUUAGCUAGGCAGCAAUGUUAUUAGCAGGCUAACAUUUAGUGUCUGGCAUAAGAAAAUACAGGGAAAAAAGAUAUUUACUCCUCCUGACAGAGAUUGCAAUGUAAUUCUAGCUGGCCUAAUACUCGCUUUAUAUCCCAGACUGGCCCAAACCCAAAGCACUGUUUCUUGACUGUGUCUCCCAGUACUGGGAUACAAGUGUUCAUCACUAUGUCUAGCUCACAAGGAAAUCUAUCUUUUUUUUUCAUGUGUGGGUAUGCAUGUAAGUACGUGUGGGUGGGCGUGGGUGCAUGACAAGGAGCUGUUUCAAUGUUUCUAAAUGUACCUAGAGAUCCAUACUUAAUAUUUUGAAACUGUCUUUGAAACCAUAAUUAGUGGUAAGUAAUCUUGAAUACUGAUGAUAGAAAUAGUAUAGAAAUGAGUGUAUUAGGUGUAAAACACAUUGGUUUUAAAAUUAAAGAUUUUAAAAGAACUCACUAAAUAGGGCACCUGUACAUUCUAACAUUGCUGUCUGUGUAGAUUUUAUGCAUAAUUCACUAUAGUAACAUUUGUGGAUAAUAUUAUAUACUUAUUUUUUUAACUUUAUUUACCUGUGUGCUUGUGUCAGCGUGCAUGCACUUUGUAUGCCUGUGUGUGUAUGCUAUGGUGUGCCUGUGGAGGUAUGAAGAGAACUUGUGUCUUUUCUCUCUAUCCCAUAAUUUGAUUUCCAGCACCUGCACAGCAGCUGACAACAGUUUGUCACUCCAGUUCCAGGGGAUCAGAUGCCCUCCCUCUUCUAAGCUCUGCUGCAAAGACAUGGCACCCAGACACCCAGACACCCAGACACAUAAAAUAAAAAAAGUUAAAUCAUGUGCCUCAUAACAGCAUGGUUUUAAUGGCUUCAAUGGAUGUUUACUUAUUUAUUUGAGACAAGGUCUCUCUAGCCCUGACUAUGUUAGAACUCACUAUGUAGCCCAGGCUGGCCUCAAAGGCAAGGGCAAUUCCUUCCUCAGCCGCCAUUGCUGGCACAUAUCUCCCUAUAAUGAAAAUGUAUGAGCUAGUAAAUUUAAAUGAGUGUGGCAGAAUAGUAAGUUAUCCAUUGAGUUACUUUUUGUCAGGAAGGAGGAGGGGAAAGGAUUUGCUUGUUUGCUUGUUUGUUUACAGUUCCAGAAGGAUUGAGCCCUUGUGGCAGGGAAGACAUGACAUCAGACGAGAGAGGCGCGGCAGCAGGGACGGGAAGCUGGCUGGGCACACUCUCACCCUCACACAGGGAGAGGGCUGUCUGUUGAAUUCUUAAAGAAAAACCGAUCACUGAGAUUUUUACAGGACAGUUUGUUGUUGUUGUUUGGUUUCAGUUUGCUUCCCAUCAAUUUAUUUAUUCACAUCCCAAUCACAGCUCCCAUCCCCUUCUAGGCCCCCCCCCCCAUGGCCACUUCCCCAUCUCACCUCCUCUGAUGGAACUAGGACCCACAGCCUGGAGCAUGCUAGCCUCGAGCUUUCAUUACCAAGAAAAGGUAUUUCUGGUAGGCCUGGCCACUCAUGCUUGUAAUCUCAGCCCUUGGGAUGUGGAGGUAGGAGGUUCAUCCUUGGUUAGCAUACUGACUCAGGCCCCCGAGCUGCAGGAGAAUGUAUCUAAAACACAAACAAACAAACUUGUCCGGGUGUGUGAUGCAUAUCUUUAAUCCCAGCAUGCAGGAGUCAGAGGCAAGCAGAUUUCUGUGAGUUUGAGACCAGCCUGGUCUACAUAGUGAGUUCUAGGCUGGCCAGGGCUACACAGUGAGAUCCUGUCUCAAACACAAUGAUACUACUUGGACAUUAAAUGAGACUACUUGGACAUUAAAUUUUGGUCUAAAUUUUAUACAAAAGUGGAGAAAAAUGAAUUUUUUGACAUAAGUAUAAAGAGUACCCUAAAUAUUUAAAUAUAAAAACCACAAAAAUAAAGGAUUUGAUUCAUACUGUAGUAGCAUUUGCCAGUUGGGUAGGAAAAGUCAAGUACAGUGUGGAGGUCAGAACGAACGCCUUUGAAACAGAAUACAAGGCGCUUAAGAACUGAAAGAAUGUUCUAGAUCCCAGUAGAAUUCAAAGUGUUACAGUAGGGCAUGAGCUCAGUAAAGGCAGGACAUGUGUUUUGCUCACUAUUCAAUCAGUGCCUCGGAUCCGAAAGAUUUAUGGUAAGUAUAUGAUAACAUUUUGUUAUCAUUAUAAAAUCUACAUAACGAUCCAAUAUGUAUUUUAAAUAACAUUUUUUCCCCAUCUAGGUUAGACUUGUUCACAUUUCAGGAUUUUCUUUUUGAAAGUAAAAAAUCCCCCAUCGCUAAUCUCCAAAAGAGCCAAACCCCGUGGUGCAUACCUGCACUCCCAGGGUUUAGGCAGCUGAGGCAGUGGGAUUGCCACAGGAUGGAGGCAGCCUGGGCUACAGAAUGAGUGUUUAAUAAGAAAGAAAGAAAAAAACAGGGAGGCAAAAAUGGAGUGGCUACAGAAACAGUUCAGUGGCUAGAGCACUGACUGCUCUUCCAGAGGUCCCGAGUUCAAUUCCCAGCAACCACAUGGUGGCUCUCAACCAUCUGUAACGAGAUCUGAUGCCCUCUUCUGGUGUGUCUAAAGGCAGCUACAGUGUAUUCAUAUACAUAAAAUACAUAAAUAAGUAGAGCGCUUGCCUAGGAAGCUCAAGGCCCGGGGUUCAGUCCCCAGCUCCAAAAAAAAAAAAAAAAAAAAAGAGCCAAAAUAAAUAAAUAAAUAAAAUUUUAAAGAAUGCGGGAGGAGGCUGGAGAGAUGGCUCAGCAGUUAGAGCGGUUGCUGCUCUUCCAGAGGACCUGGGUUUUGUUCCCAGCACCCACGAUAGGAGGCUCACGAGGGUCUGCACCUCCAGCUUCAGGGAACCCAACACUUGCACAAUAAGUACCUUACUGCCUGCUUCUCUCCUGGUUUUGUGAUGCUGGAAAUCAAACCCAGAGUUAAGGGCUUCCCCAGUAACAUCCUUUGCCUCGCCCCACAUUCAUUCGUUUAGUCUAUGGUGGAGGUGUGCAAGCUACAGGACACCUAUGGAGGCCAGGGAAUAACUUGUGGGAAUCCUCUCUCACUGUGCUGUUUCCAGUUUAGAACCCAGACCCCUCAGGUUUGGCAGCAAACCCCCUUACGACCUGAGCCAACUCAUCUGGCCCAUCUUCACUCUCCUGAUGGUAUAUUUACAAGUGUGUUAUUUGUUGGGCAGUGUGGAGGUCCAUUUCCUGAGGACAGACCUCACACGUGUGGCCGCCCCUGCUGUUCUGAAUCCUGGAACUCCAGCUUCCAGUCCCCACCUCACACCAGUGCCUGGCGUCAAUGCUGCCUCCCCACGCCUGGCAUUGGAUUUGAUUUAAUCCCAUUUAUAUGGUAUUCCUCCUGUCACUUGUGCCUUUGAUGUUGCUUGAGCUCAAGUCUGUAGACUUCUCUGUUUCCUAAGAGUUUUGCGGCUUUAGUGCUGGAGUCCAGGUCCACAGCGCAUUUGCGAUCAAACAUCUUGCGUGUAUACUGGGAGUGGGGACUCAUACUGUGCAUGUGGAUAUCCAGUUGUCACAGCAAGAUGUGGUUUUUUUUUUUUUUCUUUUUUUCAGAGCUGGGGACCGAACCCAGGGCCUUGCACUUGCUAGGCAAGCGCUCUACCACUGAGCUAAAUCCCCAACCCCACAGCAAGAUGUGUUAAAAGUCAUUGUCCUUUCUCUCAUCCAAUUUUUAAAGAAACAGUAUAACUUAAAUUCUUGUUAAAAAUUUUAUUUUAUUUUAAGAGUAGGGACAAAGCAGGGCUAGCUGUGAGUAAUUCUGCAACUCUGGACAACUUCAUUUUGUGAGCCCCUUCCAGUUAUUUUUCCAUAGACUUGAAUUUUACAGAAUUGUAAUUAUACUGUACUACAUAAAUCAGUCCCAUAUUUUGAAAAUUGGAGUUUAUUUUUAUCUAAAAAAUUUGCAAUUUUCAUCUUUUUACCUAAGCUAGUAAUCUUUCAUGGGAUAAUUUCCUUAGAUAAAUUUCUAGGAAGAUCUUUGGAAACAUUGAAAGCAACUAGAGUAUAUAAUUUUGAUUUGAGAAUUUCAGGAGAGAGAAGGUUUGUACUAUUUAAUGUAACUGGCAACUGAUACUGUCCUUGACUAUGGCCCAGACAGCAUUCAGUAUAGUUUUCUGUGUAUACUUAAUUCUCAUAAAUUCAAUUAGAUAAGAAAUCCCAGGCUCAGAAAAGUCGAAGCUUUACUCAAAGUCACUAGUAAAUGACAAGAUGGCAGGGUCUCUUUGUGUAGCCCUGGCUAUCCUGGAGCUUGCUUUGUAGACCAGGCUGGCUUUGAACUCAGAGAUCUGCCUGCCUCUCCUCCUGAGUGCUGGGAUUAAAGGCGUGCACUACCAAUUCUCAGCUCCUAAUUUUAUUUUAAUUUUUAAAAAUGAGAGUCUAGAGGCUGGAGAGUACCUCAGUUGGUGGUACUUGCCUAGCAUUAAUGACUCUCUGGGCUCCCCCACUCCAUCAUUCCAUAAACUGAGUGUAGUAGUGCACACCUGAGAGCCCAACACUUGGGAGGUUGGAAGCAACAGGAUCAGGAGUUCAAGAUAACUCCUGCCUACUUGACACAUUUUCGGACAAUCCAGGGCACAUGAGACCCAGGUUUGAAAAGUCUAAAAACUGAUUUUUCUCCGAAGAUAGAGUAACUUACUACUCUUGGAGUCUAUGGACUUAUAAUGUAUGUGUCAUAUUCCCAUUUGAGUAGCAUUCGACAUUCCACAGGGUCUACAGAGCACACAACCAAUACAGAAAGUACUCACUCAGUAACACCAUGGGGACAGAUGUGGUCAUGUGAGCCCAUACUAGCACUGAUGUCAAGAUUCAGGGCCAGUCUGAGCUACAUAGUGAAACCCUGUCUCGAAAAGAAAAUGGAAAAUUAAUUUGGAAUCUUUAAUACCUACAUGUAAACUAAAUUUCUAGAUUCUUAAGUGUACAAAUUGUACUAUUUUACAAGCCAGUGAGAUGGCUCAGUGGAUAAAGGAGCUUGCCUCAAAGCCUGCUGUCCUGCCCUGGGCUCCCACAAGUUGUCUUCUGACCUUCAUAUGCAUCCUGAGGGAUGUCCAGCAUCCCACUGAGCACAAAUAGAUAAAGUAAGUAUCCCUUGGAGCGACAGCUCAGUGGUUAAGAACACUUACUGCUCUUGCAGAGGACCAGGGUUCAAUUCCCAGCACUCACAUGGCAGCUCACUUCUGUAACUCCAGGGAGCCCACAUCCUCUAGUGACCUCUGCCAGCACAGCACAGACUACAUAGUGAGACCGUGUCUGAAAACCAAAUGAAACCAAGACGAUUGCUAUUAUUACAGGGCCCAACCUUUCUUCCCAGUGUGCACAUUUCCUUACAAGCUGAACAUAACAUUGAGUCUUGAUUGAGAAAUCUUUAAAAUUCCUGAAAAAGAAAUUUUACUAUUUUAAACAGAAUAAAUACAACCAUAUAAAUUAUAAUUUAGAUGUCUGAUUCAUAGUCAGUGCAUUAAGUUAAUUGAGUUCAGGUGUUAGUAGGUGUUUCAAUUGUAGAAUUAAUAUAUGUAUUUAUGAUGAUGAAAACUUUAUAAGAAUAAACCCGAACUUAAAAAAGAAAUUGUAAUUUUGAAAUUUAAUGGUUUUUAAAAAUAGGUUUUGCUGCAUAUAGAAAUAAAUUUCCUUUUAAACCACAAAUAUGCCAAUUCUCUGUACAAACCCUUGUUCACAUUUCUAUUUUUACAGUCUUUAGGGCAGCAUUCUCCAUGAACCUCCCCUUGAUCUUCAUCCCAAGAGUUAGACCAUCUCCCCCAGAUUAAUAGUGACAGGGCCAUUUGCUUUCCAGACAGAAGGAGCCUGUUCCGCCUUUCAUGGUGGCUGCAGCUGCAUGUGGAAUCGUGAGGCAGGUCAGACUCACUCACUCACUUCUCCCAGUGCGGAUGCUUUUGGUCCUUUUCAUCUGGUCUUAGUUGAUCAGGUUUCUUCUCCUAAGUGACACUUCAAAGAAGGUUCCAUUUGUUUCUGCUCCAAUUUCUCACUGCUGUUUCUCUAUGUCCUUUGUUAGGCUGAAGUCUCACUCUGCUCCUGAUUCUCUCAGCAUGUAUAUAGUGGUAGAUGUUGAGCUCUGUUGGAUGUUUCCUAUGUACCUUUUUGGGUCUUGGUAUAUUCUUGCACUUUGAUCUGUUACUAUGGUGAAUUGCAGGUUCAGGGAUGCAACUCAGACACAGAAUGCUUGCCCAGCAUGUACGAGGCUUUUGGGUUGAAUCUCAGCACUGAAGAGAAAAGUAAAGAAUAUCGUAUUUUCAGUUUGAAUUCCUCGAGAAAGCCCCGUUAGUCACGAUGAUUUAUUAUCCUUUUCUUUUUUAAAAAGAUUUAUUUAUUAUAUAUAAGUACACUGUAGUUGUCUUCAGACACACCAGAAGAGGGCAUCAGACCUCACUACAGAUGGUUGUGAGCCAUUAUGUGGUUGCUGGGAUUUGAACUCAGGACCUCUGGAAGAGCAGUCAGUGCUCUUAAAUUCUGAGCCAUCUCCCCAGUAUUUUAUUUAUUUAUAUAUUUUAAAGGGUUUUAUGUGCAUAGGUGCUUUACUUUCAUGUAUGGCUGUAUGUCCCAUGCAUGCUCAGUGCCAUCAGAGGCCAAAGAGGGCAUCAGAUUCCUUGAAAUGAAUGUUCCAGACAGAAUCACCAUGUGGGGACAUGGGUAGGUGGUCAGUACUUUGAGGUGCAGAGCUACCUCUCCAGCCCCUAAAGACUUCAUUUCAUAAUUAUGUGUGUCUGCAUAGAGUAUGUGCCCAUGUGUGCAGGUGUGCUCAGAGUCUGUUGUACAGGACCGUCCUCCCUGCCAAUCAACCCCAGCUGUGUCUGCUUUCAAAAGAUUAUUCUAGCUGGGCCUGCUGACUGGCAUCCCCUUGUAGGAGGUUCAGGGAGGGUCAUGAGACUCUCACCUGAGCAUACAGCCACUCCAAACUACCUUUUGUAUGCAAUUCUAUCCUAAUUGUAUGUGGCCCGGGGAAUAGACUGGGGAAUAUAAGCCAGGGAAGACUAGGGGAGGGUGGUGUCAUCUAUGCAGCUGUAGGAAAUCAAUCUUCACUACUGGGUGAACGAUUUCCAGCGUGGCCUUUGUGGGAGGGUGAAGACCCAAAAUCCUGCAAGGAACCCUUCACCUGUGCUGUGUCAGUAAGCUCAUAAAACUCAUUGAUGCCAUAGGGUGAACUUUGGUGGUACUGUAUCUUGGUUUGUUAUUGGGGGCUUAUAUUGUCUCCCCAAGAGAAGGAAUUUUAGCAAUUAACCCCUGGAACAGGAGUUACAGGUACUUGUGGCUUGAUGUGGGUGCUAGGAACUGAACUCAAGUCUUCUGCAAUGCUUUAACUGGUGAAUCAUCUCUCCAGGCCCUAUUUGUGGGGUGUGUGUGUGUGUGUGUGUGUGUGUGUGUGUGUGUGUGUGUGUGUGUGAGAGAAUCUUCAUAGCUCAAGGUAGCCUUCACCGUGUUAGGCAGUGGAGGAUGACUUCGAACACUGAGUCCUGCUGCUGUCAUUUCCCACAAAUGCCAGAUGAGUGUUUCAGUCACUGAUCUAUUGCUAUGAGGACACACCAUGAUCAAGUCAACUCUUAGCCGGGCAGUGGUAGCCCACACCUUUAAACCCAGAACUUGGGAGGCAGAGGUAGGCAGAUCUCUUGAGUUCCAGGCCAGCCUGGUCUACAGAGUGAGUUUCAGGACAGCCUGGGCUACACAGAGAGACCCUGUUUUGAAAAACAAACAACUAAAGAACAACAACCACAAAGCCCUAAGAUUCUGGGGCUGGGAACGCAGCUCAGUUGGUGAAGUGCGUGUUAACACAGAUGGAGCUCUGGGCUUAGCCUCAGCGUAACUGGGCAUGAUGGCAUGCCUGUAAUCCCAGCAGACAGACAGACAUGGGGCCUGGGACAGGAUUUGAAACCCCAAUACCCCAGCACCACCGUGACACACCUCUUCUCACAAGGCCAUGCCUCCUAACUCUUCUCUUACCUGGGACCAAACAUUGGGGGCAGGGGAGGGGGCAUUUUCACCCAAUCCGCCACAGUGAGCCUCCUACCAGCUGAGCUGCAGCCCCGCUCUCACAUGCUUUUCUUGUUUUAGUCUAUCAGGAUAGUAUGAGUUUUGUUGACUUUCUUCAGUGGAUCUUUUCAAAGUGCCAACUUUUGAUUGCGUUACUUUUCUAUUUGCCCUGUUACAGGUCACCGAUUGCAGGGUUUUCUCAUUAUCUUAGAUCUUCGUUUUCAUAUACAAGCAUUCUGAUUUUAUUUGUUCUUUCUUUGGAGGGGGGACUAUUGUUUCCAAGGCUAGACUCGAGCUUUUGAUUCUCCUGCCUCUACCUCCUGAGUAAGGUUGCAGGCGCACAGCAGCACACCUGGUUUCCAUGGCACAGGUGAUUAAACCCAGGGCUUUGUGCAGUUGAGAUGGGUAGUCUACACCCCAGCCUGAUAGACUGCAUUCUAACUAUUUUAUUUCUUUAGGGAAUAUCUUUCAAUUUUUUAAAUGAAUUUUUAUCUUUCUAUGUAUGUUUGAUGCAUGUGUGUAUGGUAUUUGUAUGUAUAUAUGUUUGUAUGUCUGUGAGGACAGCCAUGAUCAUACCUCAGGGCACAUGUGGAGGUCUGAGGACAAUUUGCAGGAGUCGGUUCUCUUCUGCCACCAUAAGUGUUCUGGAACUGAACUCCACCUUCAGACUUGAGGGCAGGUGUCUGUAUGCACUGAGCUCUCGUGCCUGCUUCCAACAUGUGUGCUUUCAACACGUAUCUUUCUCUUGGCCACUAUGUCCCAGCUCCUGGUUAUCAUCAUUCUAUGGUUUCCGUGAGCUUGGUAAUUUUAGGUUCUACAUGGGAAGUGAUUAGUGCAGCCACCCUCCCAUAGAAGAGGAGUUCUAAGGCUCGUCGUGGAUGCCAGGGUCCAAGAAUGUUCAAGUUGUUCAUAUAAAGUGGUGUAGAAUUUGCAAGUACAAGACUGGCAAGAUGGCUCAGGGGAUAAAGCACUUGCUACACAAGCCUGAUGACCUGAGUUCAGUCCCUGGGACCCAUGGCAGAAGGAGAGAGCAGACUCUGAAAAGUUGUCCCUUCCUCCACACAUGGGCCCUGGCCUGUGCAUGUCCCCAUACACAAAGAGAUGUUUUAAAGAAUUUACACACACCCAUUUUCUCUUCUUAAAUACUUUAAAUCAUCUUUAAAUGACUUUUAAUAAUAGCGCGUGUAAAUGUCAUAAGUAGACUGUGUCUGUUGGAGGAAACUGACAAGAGAAUGUCUGCAAUAAUGUAAGGUGGUGACAUUUGUCUUUCUGUGUAAUGUCCUCAGGCUUCAUCCCUUUGGCUUCAAAUAACAGGAUUUGCUUCUUUUCAAAGGCUGGAUGCUAUCUGCUGCAUAUCCUCCAUGUUUCUUUGUUCACCCAGUGGACACUUGUCCUCAUAUUUGGCUUUCAUAAAUAUGCUGCAGUCAACAUGGGAACUCAAACGUCUACACAAAAUGCUGACUUCAUUUUCUUUGGCUGUGCACCCAGAAGUGGGAUUGCUGGAUCAAUCAUAUGAUAGUUCUAUUUCUAAUGUAAAGUCAGUUGAGAAAUCUCUAUACUGUUUUCCAUAACGGCUUUGCCAAUUUACAUUUCCACCAGCCUUACAUAAAGAUUCUUGCCGUCCACAACCUAUACAACACUUAUCUCCUACCUUUUACCUGGCUAAUGACGUUUGAACACCUUUCCAUAGUCCUGCUGGCCAUUUGUAUGUCUUCCUUAGAAAUGUCUACUAAGUCCUCUGCCCAGUUUUAAUUGGAUGGCUUGGUUUUUGCUGUUGAUUUGGAUAAGUUUCUUAUAUAUUUUGGGGUGGCCAUGGUGAUACAUGGCAGUAGGCAAAUACCAAAGAGGAUGAGAGGUAGGAUUCCAAAUUUGAGUUCAGCAUCUGUGUCUAAGCUAUAUAGUAUAAUGAUUCAUGUAUGAAAGUAUAGAUGUAUAUAUAUAUGUGUGUGUGUAUAUAUAUUGUGAAUGAGAAUUUCAAAAAUGCCACAUGCAGCUGUGCAUGGGUUCAUGGGCUUUUAGUCCACAUGAUGUUGGCAUUUAGGGUACUGUUCUUUCUUUGUUGUGCACAGUCAUAUGUCUAACAGCACACUUGUCCUGCGCUUCCUAAAUCCCAGUAGCACCUCCAUCUACUAAAAUUUCUAAAGAUGAAUCUCCCGUUAGGUGAGAACAACUGUUUAGCAGAAACCUGUAUGAGUUAAAACUACACAGAGGAGUAGAGAUAACAUCAGUAACCCUGCACUAGUGUGUUCAGUCUCCCUUUCUUCUAGGCUACCAGGACUUAGGGUUAAGUAAUACACUAGCAGGUGAUGGGAUAUGCUUUCUGACCUCCUCCUCCUCCCCCUCCUCUUCCUCCUCCUCUUCUUCUUCCUCUUCCUCUUUCUCCUCCUCCUCUCCUCUUCCUCUUCCUCUUCCUCCUCUUCUUCCUCUCAGUGCAUGAUUAUGUAUACACGUGUAUGCAUGUAAUUAGUAUACACACAUACUGUGGUCAGAAGUCAACAUCAAGAUGUCUCAUCUUCCUCAAUUGCUUAUCCAACAUAUAUUUCAAAAAAAGGUUUAUCACUAAACGUGGAGCUUGCUGGUUUGCUAGAGUACCUAACCAGCAACCCCCAGGGACCAUGUUGUGUCCAGAACGCUGGGGUUACAGAUGCGCGCUAUGGCACCCAGCACUUACAGGGGUGCUGGGGGUCCAAACUCAGGUCCUCAUGCUUAGAUAAGCACUGUACCAACUGAACCAUUUCUCCAGCCCUGUUUUGUUUUCUUGUUCACACCAAAACUAUUCCUUUAGCGUGCUUUAGGGAGUUGUAUACAUGGUCACUCAUUAUUUUAAAUAACCAUGGAGAUGGUGAGGAAAGGAUGAUGCAUUUCAAGUGUGUGAGAGUAACUUUUGUGGGAGGCAGAGGCAGGUAAAUCUCUGAAAGUUUGAGGCCAGCCUGGUCUACAGAGCUAGGUCUAGGACAGCCAGGGCUACACAAAGAAACCCUGCCUUGAAAAACCAAACCAAACCAACUAACCAAAAAAAAAAAAACAAAAACAAAAACAAAAACAAAAACAAAAAACAAAAAACAAAAACAAAAACAAAAAAACCCACAUACACACCUGCUCCCCCCCCAAAAAAGAAAGAAAACAGAGCCAGGAUUGUUCUACAAAGAAACCCUGUCUCGAAAAGCCCACAAAGAGAUUAGCUUUUCAUCUUACAUGUUAUGACUAGUUAAAUUUCAUUAUUAUAAUAAAAAUGUUAACUCUAUCUACUUUCACUGUAUCACCAUCAUUCCUCCUUGGAGGCAAGGUCUUGCUUUGCUGGCCAGGAUAGCCUUGACCUCCAAGGCUCCAGGCUCGCUGUGUGUCAGCCUCCAGGAAGCUGGAUGGCUGGUAUGACCCCAGCACCCAGCCUUUGUCCAAGCUCCGGUUUGAUCAGACGUGAUCAAGCCCUGGCACAGAAGCUUCUCGCCGUUUUCUUGGUGCUGUUGUUUCAUGGGUUGAGGACGGACCUCUUGCAUCCUAAGCACAUCUGUGCCGGUGAACUGUGUCCUCAGAUCCUUGCCGUCACUCCGUAAUGAUGCCACUAUCUGCACAAAGAUAAGCAGACGGUGUGUUUACUGAUAGAAGUGCUGGGAGAUAUUCUGAAAUCCCUGAGCAUGCAGCUUCACAGAGUAGCCUUGGAAACCAUUCUGUGUCCUUUUCAGUCUUCAGAAAAUAAAAACUGAACCUUUAGUAUAAAGAAAGCAAGUCUAAAGGUGUGUGAUUCCUCACUGACUUCCUUUUCCCCGAGCUUUAGACAUGAUCUUACUCUGUAGCCCAUGGAAGCCUGGAACUCAUUGUGUGUCCUAGCCUGGUCUUCAACUCGUGCUGAUCCUCUUGUCUCAGCUUAAGCCACAAUAUUGGGCUCAUAUGAUUUAUUUCGAUAUGAAUCCACACUAGUACUGGUAAACUGUUUUCAUCUUUGUAAGACAAGCCUUGGUGUGUUGCCCGUAUUGGUCUUAAAUGGAUGAUUUCAGAGCUGCGAUUAUAGGUGUGCACCAUCAUGCCUAGCCCUGGUAUUGUAUUAGUGAGGUUUGGACUGUUAUGAUAAAUUAUUAUGCUAACUCCCACACAUUGUUCUUGUAAAAUAAGCUCAAUUUCUUAAGCAAGAGGUAGACUGGGGACAGGGGCUGGGAUACUUGCUUCUCUUUCAAGGGACUCAAACUCUGUUUGUGGCACCUACAUUAGAUGGCUCACAAUUGCCUGCAACUCCCGCUCCAAGGGGAUCUGACGCCUCGACCCUCUCUUUAGGAGCUGGCAUUUUUGUGCAUACACACAAUUAAAAAUACUAAAAGCAGGAUUCAUAUGCCCCCCCCCACUAAGUAACUGUGGGGCAACUCUGUUUAGCUCCCUAUGGUUCUAUAGACAUAGGCAGCUAAAGUACUGAGAAAGACCAUAUGUUUUCUGUGUGGAGUUGCUAGCUUUCUGGGUAAAGAACAUGCUUCCAACUGUGCGUGAGGAUAAGGGUGAAGGUCGUUUAUCACGAGGUGAGAACUGAUUUAUUUUUAUGAGAAAUUACUUUUAUUUUUUAUUAAAUUUUAUUUAUUUACACUCCAAAUGUUGUUCCCCCUCCCCCGUCCAAGUCCCCCCCUCCUAGAGUUCUUCACCCCAUUCCCCCUCUUUGGCUCUGAGAGGGUGCUCCCCCACCCACACAUCACACACCUACACCCACCUUCCCCCUGCCCCCCAGCAUUCCCCUUCCCUGGGGCAUCGAAUCCCUACAGGAUUAGGCACAUCUCCCACUGAGGCCAGACAAGGCAGUCCUCUGCUACAUAUGAGCCAGGGGCCACAGACCAGCUUGUGUAUGCAUUUUGGUUGGCAACUUAGUCUCUGGAUGCUCUGAGAAGUCCAGAUUGGUUGAUCCUAUUGUUUUUCCUAUGGGGUUGCAAUCUCCUUCAGCUCUUUCAGUCCUUCCCCUAACUUCUCCGUAGGAGUCCCCCAUCUCAGUCCAGUGGUUGGCUGUAAGUAUCUGUAUCAGUCAGCUGCUGGUGGAGUCUCUCAGAGGAUACCCAUGUUAGACUCCUGUCUGCAAGCACAACAUGGCAUCAGUAAUAGUGUCCAGGUUUGGAAAGGAUCCCUCCCAAGUUGGCUGGUCACUGAAUGGCCUUUCCUUCAGUCUCUGCUCCAUUUUUGUCCCUGCACCUCUUAAAUGACUUUUAAAAAGCUAUUACGGGCUGGAGAGAUGGCUCAGCAGUUAAGAGCACUGGUUACUCUUCCAGAGUUCCUGAGUACAAUUCACAGCACCCACAUAGUGGCUCACAACCGUCAGUAUAAUGAGAUCUGAUGCCCUCUUUUGGUGUGUCUGAAGACAGCUACAUAAAAUCAACAAUAAAUCUUAAAAAAAAAAGCUAUUACUGAUAUUUUCCUUCCUUCCCUCCCCACCUCUCUCCCUUCUUUCCCUUACCCCUCUCUCUUUUCUUCAUGAGACACAGUCUCACGUGUCCCAUGCUGUCCUCACUUGACUCUCUUGACUCCAUUCCUAGUGCCUUGCACUAGAGAUCGUAUGUGUCUGGUGUUAUUGAUAUGUUUAUUUUGAGAUUUUUUAAAAAAUGGGGUGUGUGCGUGCAUAUGUGUGUGUGUGUGUGUGUGUGUGUAUGUGUUCGUGAGUUUGUUUGCAUCACAUGCAUGCAGGAGCCCGUGGAGGCCAGGGAGGGGCACUGGAUACUCUCGAACGUCAGUUAUAACUAUCUUCCUAAGUAAUGGACUACAGGUUUCAGGCACCAACCAUGCUUGGGAAUGUGUGCAGUGCUCCCAGCCUUCACCUCUUCAGCAUUUCCACUGCGUUUCCAUAUCCUCCAUAUCCACCAGGAGAAAAUAUUGGGAAGAAGGGAGAAGGGAAGGGUAGGAAGUGGGGGUAUGCCCAAAAAACCUGAUACGCAUGUAGAGAAGUCUCUGUUAAACCCAGUACCAUAUUUUAUGGACAUAUAUCAAUAGAAUGGGGUUUGAUGUAGUCUUAGGAACCACUAUAGUGGAAUUGCUAUGAGUCAGAGGACUAAGCGUAAGCAGUCUCAAAGAUGCUAAUCUGCAGGUUUGCCAGCUCUGCUCUGUGCUGCCCUGGGCCGUGAGCUGACUUCUUUAAGCCUCUAUUUCCUCAUCUCUGAAUAAGAAGGUCAGGUUACCUCGAGCAUUAGGUGAUUUCUAUGCAAAGCGCCUAAUGUGGUGCCUGGCAUAGCACAAGAGCUUCUUACAAACAAUUUACAUACAACAUGUACAUACAACAUGCUCCAACAAUAAAGCUAAAGUAAACAUGGUACUAACUUAAAAUUUACUUCAACUAAGUAAUAGAACCAGCUGGAAAACUGAUAAUUAGAUUAAAAAUAAGCAAUAGUUUAUUUUAUGUGUUUUAUGUUGAUUAGUAUGUGCUUUAUGUUAAUUAGUAAAUGUAAAGAUAAUUAUUUCUGGUGAUGUCAGUGAUUUAAAGAUGAUGCUUUGGCCAUUUAUGUGGACAUGUUUGGUCAAAGCAAGAUGAAUUUUUCAUACCAAAGAGGCAGAAUUUCUGUUAAAUGGGUCAGUUUACCUGGCACCUGCCAGUACAGGAGAGAGGAGGCAGAUAGGAUUGAUGGAGACAGGGCUAUUAUACUUCAUCUAAUUGAACGCUUUAAUUUUUUGCAACUUAUUUAACAUAAAGGACUAUCGUUUUAAAGGUGACUAAAAUUAACUAUACAAAUAAGCAGAAAUUGCUUUAUAAAAAGAAAGCCUAAAAUGUUACUUUCUCUAGAAAACUCAUGGUCCAAUUUUAUUCUGACCAUAGGAAAAAAAGAAAGUUUCGGAUACAUUAAAAGAAACUCAGCUGUUGGUUUGGGAUGUUACAGCUGGAGCCACGCAGGCAGUGAGGACCAUCUGCUGAUACAGUUGACUUGCUACUACAUUGCGUUCUGUUCUCAGAGUGCUACAGUUACGUUCUAGAACAGUCCUUACAGCACCAGGGAUAACACUUCAAACCACUGGUUUUCUUCCAUUCUUUGGGCUUAUUUUUAUUCAGUUAAAAAAAUGUUUUUCGGGCUGGAGAGAUGGCUCAGCGGUUAAGAGCACCCGACUGCUCUUCCAGAGGUCGUGAGUUCAAUUCCCAGCAACCACAUGGUGGCUCACAACCAUCUGUAAAGAGAUCCGAUGCCCUCUUCUGGUAUAUCUGAAGAAAGCUACAGUGUACUUAUAUAUAAUAAAUAAAUAAAUCUUUAAAAAAAAUGUUUUUCAGUGCUGGGGAUCAAACCCAAGGCUCACACAUGCUAGGCAAAUGCCCUCUAGCUGCGGAGUUACUGCCCCAGCAAAGUUAUUUCUGUUCUCAAAGCCCACCUAAGAAGUUUCCCGGGAUGGUAUUGGCCACACCCUUGCGUGUCACACCCAGCAAACCUUCAGUGUACUUUACAGGCAGAGUAAGUCAAAAAAGUGUAAGUUGGUCAGCUUUCAGCAGGAAUUCUUGGUCCCAAACAGGAAGAGCACAGUUGGUUUGCUGUUGUUUUAAAGUACUUGCUUUAUUUCUUAAAUGGCGGAUGUAUGUGUGGGUAUGUGCACAUGAUUGGAGGCGUCCAAGAAGUACAGAUGUUAUAAGAGGUUGUGAAUCACAUGGGUCUUGAGAACUUGGGAGUCAUCCCUCCAGCCCUAUUGUGUUUUUGUUUUUGUUUUUGUUUUGGGAUAGGGUCCAAACUGUGUCACAGGCUGUCCUGAAAGUCAAUAUGAAGCUUAGACUGAUUUCAGCUCUUUCAACUUGCAAUGAUCUUCCUGCCUCAACCAUCCAAAUAACUGACAUUCAACGGUUAGCCACCAUGCCAGCCUCCUUUUCACGAUUUUGAUAAUGAAUUUGUUUGUUGAUGAUUUAUUUUGAGGAUAUUUUCCACAUCUUUGCUAGCAUUUUAGGUAACUUAUCUUGGUAUUUUUUUCCCAAAGUAAAUUAGUGCUCUAUUGACUUGGAAUAUUUAUAGUCUAUAGCUGUAUUUAUAGUUGAUUCACUAGGAGAAAAUUGGAAGACUUAAAUAUCUAUAACAAUGUAAUUGGGAGUCUGCCUUUUAAAAUAGAAAAUUUAAAUUCAUCUUUUGCAUUAUGGUGUUAAUAAUGGUGCUCUUGUCUGCGCUGUUUUCCAUGUUCAAAGUUUAUUAUUUUCCAUGCACUGUGCAAUCAGAAGUAAACUGGUAGGAAAAAAUGAAGACAUUGCUAACAGAUGUCUUAAAGUGUAGGUAUCCGGGGUUGGGGAUUUGGCUCAGUGGUAAAGCACUUGCCUAGCAAGCGCAAGGCCCUGGGUUCGGUCCCCAGCUCCGAAAAAAAAAAAAAAAGAAAAAAAAAGUGUAGGUAUCCAUAUGACUCAAAUGUCCCGUUACCCGUUUCUAUAAGAUGUUAUUGAUUAUUGACCAACAGGCACAAAGUGAAUGGGUUUCGGGGUUGAGGAUUUAGCUCAGUGGUAGAGCGCUUGCCUAGCAAGCGCAAGGCCCUGGGUUCGGUCCCCAGCUCCGAAAAAGAGAAAAAAAAAGUGAAUGGGUUUCUGCUGCUCCUCUGUCCUGGUUUGUUUUAUGUCUAUUUGACAUAAGCUAAAGUUGUCUGUGGUCCUAGGUUCUAAAAGAAAGCAGGUUGAGCAAGUCAGGAAGCAGCACUCCACCAUGGCCUCUGCCUCAAAUCCUGCCUCCAGGUUCCUGCUCCAGCUUCUUGCUUCUGUUUCCCUAACUGACCUCAACCCUCUCCUCUCUGGGUUGCUUUUGGUCAUGGUGCUUCACCACAGCAGUAGUGAUUCUAACCAAGGCAUCCUCUAAUGCAGUGGUUCUCAACCUUCCUAAAGCUUUGACCCUUUAAUUCAGUUCCUCAUGUGGCGAACCCAACCAUGAAAUUAUUUUGUUGUUACUUCAUAACUGUAAUUUUGCUACUCUUAUGAAUCAUAAAGUAAAUAUCUGAUACGCAAACCCCAAGCAGUUGGGACUCACAUAUCUAAUGGUAUAAUUUUAUUUUUUUCCAUUUGCAUCCUUACCAAUAACUUGGGAGGCUGAGUAAGGAGGGCUGCCAUGGGCCAAUGGCUAACCUGAGCUAUGCAACAAGCCCUCACAUCUAAAAACAAACAAAAUACCCCACAAGCUCCUCCAAAACCAAGAAAGAUACUAGCAUUUUUAUCCUUUGUUGUUAAAAGGUAAGGAAACAAAGGCAGGAAAGAUGUCUUAGAAUUCCAUUUCAUUUUUGGCUCUGUAAGCUCCCUAAGAAGGGGACUUUGUAGUGUGGUCUGUUCAAGAACUCUGUGAUGGAGCUGUGGCAAAAGCUGUGCUUGACAGAUUCACACUGCGUGGAAGGAAAAUGGUGGGGAUCGAGCUGUUAGCUCACCUCAGCGCAGACAUUUUUUUUUCCUAUGUUGUUUGUGGGAUACAUUUUUGUCUUAACUAUAAAUAGCACACAUUGUUUUAUUCUGCAGGUUUCCUCUUGUCUCUUUUUAGAAGCAAGCAGUCUAUAAAUCACGGAAAAAGAAGUGUCUCUUCUCUCGCCGUAGCUCAAGGCUUGUUUUUUGAGACAGGGUGUCUCUGUGCAGCCCUGGCUGUCCUGGGUUAUGCAGACCAGGUUGGCCUCAAAUCUCAGAGAACCGCCUGCCUCUGCCUCCUGAGUGCUGGAAUCAAAGGUGUGCACCUUGUAGCUCAGUGUUAAAGCCCAAAACAAUGUCCGCCUUAGACCAGCACCAUAAUUGGUGACUCAGCCAGUAAGAAAUGUUAUUUUUAAUUUUUUUGAUAUUCUUUAUUUUCCAUGCUGAGCAGGCUCCCCAUGAACCUAUGAGCUGCUUCUCAAAAGGAAGGCGUCUGAACAUGGCUUCUCAAAAGUGUUCAUUUGUUUGUCUCCUGUUUAACUCUUUCUCGGCCAAAGAAAAUUUGAUCUCUUUUAUGGCAGGGGCUGCUUUUACCUUUUAUUUCUUAUCUUUCUUUUUUCUCUAAAUCUUCUGGCCCCUGAAGGUUUUCAGAUACUCCAAGAUAGCUUUUCUUGGCUUGUACAGUGGGGUUUUCAAGCCUCAUUCUUCUGAAAACACCUUGGAGUUUGUCUUACCAUCAUGGAAAUUUUAUGUGGAGAAAGACCCAACCUAAGAUAACUUAGAAGAAGAUUACUGUCUUUGCAGAGGAUCUUAAGAUGUCCUUCUGGGUCAUUUGCUUUCCGAUAUUGCCAGAUUGUCCCUUAUCCCAGUGAAAACAGAUAUAGGAGACUGUACUGUAAUUAGCUAAUUCUGUCACUCCUGCCAAGACAGUGACGGUUCCUCACUGUGAACACGUUCUGCUGCCAACAGCUCGAUUGGAACAUUGUGUUUAUUUAUGAGGGGAUCUGAGUGCGAACAAUUUGGCUUCAAGAUUAAAUGAGGGAAUAGGUUAUAUUGAUAAACCUGAUGUAAUAUUAGUCUUUUAAAGGAAAAUUACAGUCACAAAAAAAGGAGCUCACAUGUAAAGUAUUGAACAUCACAGAAGUGGAAAACUCUCCUUAUUUUAUGAGAGUUCCUUACUUUCAUUCCUCUUGCCUUUGUGAAAGCAGACAGAUGUACUGGAGCCAACCUAGCUUGGUGUGACAACAGCAGAUUGGAGCACAGUGCAGAGCUAGGCGUACAGAUAGGCAGUCCGGGUCAGGGGUAUUUAGUAUAUGCGAGGAACUUUGAUGGGCUCUAGUGGGACACAAAGCACAUUCAUGAGGAUAUGCAUGCAUAAACAUCCCUAAGUCAUACAUCAAUAAGGAUAUGCAGAGCUGGACGUGCUGGUGCACACCUGCAAUUCCAGCACUUGGUAGGUAGAACAUGACAGUCAGGAGUUGAAGGCCUCCUUAGUUAUAAUGACCCAGAGUUCAAGGCCAGCCUGAGGCCCUGUCUCAAAACAUCAAAAAGAAAACCAUAUAUAUGUAUAUGUGUAUGUGUAUGUGUAUGUGUGUGUGUGUGUGUGUAUACAUAUAUACAUAUACAUACAUAUAUAUACAUAUACAUAUAUAUAUUAGAAUGGGACUAGAUCAGUGAAUCACAGAGACAGAAGAGUGCUUGCUUUGCAGCACACUUACUAAAAUUGGAACAACACAGAGAGAAGAUUAGUGUGGCCCCUGAGCAAAGAAUGACACAGCUCUGAGAAGUGUUCCAUAUUUUUUUGAGUUUCAAAUAAAACUUAUCUGACAUUUUAACUCCACAGUGUAUUUUGCUGAUAGGAUUUAAAAUAAUAGAUAUUUCAUCAAAGCCAUUAUUAGGUUUUUUUUUUGAAAUGUCAUUAUGAAGUUCAGUGUUUUUCUCCGGUUUUGUUUUUAAUCUAAACCGACUUUUCACAUUUUGGAUUAAAGUGCUCGAAGGUCUGUAACAGGAAGCAGAAUGAGCUGGACGCUGAGCAGGAUUUUCAAUAACAAGGGAGGGGUAGGAGGGGCCAAUGGGCAUCAGUUAGAAAAUCAGAACUUUGGGGAACAGAGGAAACCCCGAGUCCUGAAUGGAUCCGAGUUGUUAUCAUGGGCGUGGCCAUGUAAACGACCGAAGUGGACCUCAGACCUGUGGUAAAGCCUAACCCUUGGGUGAGGCUUAAUGAUGGUAAAACCUUCUAGAGUGCACGUGUGGAUGUUGAUAGUGUGGUGGGACGAAAAUGUCCACUGUGGCUUUCUUCUUCAGGGUGUUUUUGACUUGAACACUGCUCCCUUACAGAAACUGCUCCUGCUGAUAUUAGCUAGACCCACCCUUUUGGUCAGCUGUAUACCAUGAACCCCGCCUCCUUGGUCAGCUGUAUACCAUGAACCCCGCCUCCUUGGUCAGCUGUAUACCAUGAACCCCGCCUCCUUGGUCAGCUGUAUAUCAUGAACACUCAGAUCUUCCCGGAUCCUGCAGCUUUUCCAGGAGCCUAGACCUCCUGAUCCCAGUUUUUCUAGGUCCAUGUGUCUGGACCUGUCAUUUCUGUACUCGAUCCCCGCCUCAUCAGGUCAGGUGUGUGGCACCCGCCAUGUAAUGCUGCACAGAGAGUGGAAGCCUGUGUGGAAGCUUGUGGGCUGUUCCCGCCUGGAGUCCCAAUUACUAGAGACGCUCCAUUUACUCAUUGGAAUGCAGGAGUUUGAGGCUACCCUGGGCAGCAUCCCAAGAACCCAUCUCAAAAAUAAAAUCAGAUAUAAAACUUAAGUUGAUUCUACAAAAGGAGUAUCAUUCUAACGAGGAAAGAAGGUGGGGUGCGAUCGUAAGUUAGACAUGGCUGCUUGCAUUACUGACAUCGAUUUUGUGUAAGGAUAAAGGAGAGUAUAAGGUUAACUUGUAUUGGAAUAUAUAAUCAUUAUUGAAGUGAUAAGGGUUUGUGUAGUAUUUUCAUGUGCGUACUUGAGUCCCAUUGCAUUCAUGCCCCUGUAUGAUUUCCUUUGGAAAGACUGGGAUUUGAAGGUGUUGCCCCUUAACAAGCAGUGUAACCUGGACCCAUCCCUAGUAUUACUGACUUCUCAGUCGCGUGCGUCAUGCACUACAUCCAGUGAGUUGUUUUCAGGGCUGCUGCACCGGUCGGUGCUGCCUCGUUCUGGAGACAGCCGUCAUCCAGGUGAGCUCUUGUCAGUUCUUUCUGCAGAGCCAGCAGAAAAUAGCACAUGGCAGCCACAAGGCACUACAACUCGAAAUUGUCGCCGUUGCACAGAACCUCCAGUGUAUGAACCUAUGAGAAUAGCUCCCCUUCUCUCUCUCUCUUGAGAAGAUGGUGUCUUGCUAUGUAACCUAGGCUGUGCCCCACAUGCCUGGCUUUACGGUGUGAGUUUAUUCUAAGACGAUGUCCAUUCAUAAGAACAGAGACAGGACUGGCAUGACCCACACUCUGAAAUUCCAUAGUCACACAUUAAUGAUAAACCUGUAAGUUGCAUAGACCUGUGUGGUACAGGUUAUUUUAAGAAAGAAAUUUACAGGACUCAUAAAACAUAGUAAUUUUCUAGCCUCUCAUGUGGUCCCUUCAGGAUAAAAGCUGACCAGUGGACUCAUAAGUAAGCCAGUUAAAACCUUCCUUUUAACUCUAGAAUUCUCAGUUGGAAAAUAAAAGCUAUCGUCUAUCAAAUUAACUGUAAUUAGGUGUGUGAGUAAGAGCGAUAACAUGUGGAUGUUGUUCUGGAUCUCUUAAAGGCAUGCUACAUAGGAAUUAUAGCUGAGGCUGUUGUAACUGAGCCUCAAUGCAGUAACGUCCUUAAGUACAGUAUGACAAGGAACCUACAGCCUAAACACUGGGCUCUUCCGUGCCUCAUGUCAUUUGGUCUUUUGUGUAGACUAGGGUUUUUUUUGUUUUCUUUUGUUUUCUUUUGUUUUUUGACAUAGGGUUUCUCUAUGUAGCCCUGCCUGCCCUGGAAUUCACACUCUGUAGACCAGGCUGGCCCACUGCUUCCGCCUCCCAAGCGCUGGGAUUAAAGGUGUGUGCCACCACUGCCAGGCCAGACUAUGAUUUUUUUUUUUCUGGAGGAAAUAUGAAUCGCUUUGGAACUCCUUCUUUGCAGAAUUAUCAUACAGUGAUAAUAUUAUAUUGAUUUGUCCAAAUCCACAUAAUUUCUGACAGCCAGCCAUGAUUACUAAUAAAAGCCACACAUUUUCUAGUGUAGUACUUAAGGGGUGGGCUGAUGGGCACUUUUUUUUUUUUCGGAGCUAGGGACCGAACCCAGGGCCUUGUGCUUGCUAGGCAAGCGCUCUAACACUGAGCUAAAUCCCCAACCCCUGAUGGGCACUUUUUAAAUUAGGUAGAUCUCUGCUAGCCCUGCCCCUCUAUCUGCUUGUUUGCUUGUUUGCAAAGGUUUAUUUUCACUCCCAGUUCUAGAGACUCCAGUCUAUUGGCCGUGUUGCUUUCCGGCCACGUAGUGCUAGCAAUCAGGACUAGGGGGACUGUAUGGUGGAGGCCGCUCCUCUCCAAGUAGCUGGGAAGGGGGAAAAGCAAAAUAGUUCUAGUUCUUUAAAUACUUUCUGAGAUUUUUUUUUUGUUAACCUCAGUUAUUUGAAAAGUUUUCUUAUUAGAGUAUAUUAAUAUUAAUCAAAUGGUGAUUUUUACUAGGCCAGUGUUGACACUUGUGGCUCCAGGUCCUCAGGCUAGGUAGCAAGCACCUUUACCCACGAGCCAACUUGCAGGCCCUUGAUACUUCUUUUGAGUCUUGAUUGAAGAAUCUGUGAUUGAUUCUUUUAGACAUCAUUAGCUAGCCUACCUAAAUUUUUCCAUUGUAGGGUGAGUUAUAAUAUUGCACUGCCAUGAGUUUAUUCAUCAUCUCUUUUUUUCGUUUUGUUUUGUGUAGUCCUUGAUUGGUCUGGUACUCAUUGUGUAGACCAGGCUGGCCAUGAACUCACAGAAAUUCGCCUUCCAGCCGGCCUCCCUAAAGGAGUGUGCCAUCCAUCCCAUCCAGAUCAUCCAUCCACCCUUAAGUACAAGACGUCUUUUGUGGUUAUCAUGUCAGUAUAGAAUAGGAUUUCUUUUCUCUUAUGUUUGUUUGCUUUAAGGCAAGGUUGUUCUGUUCCUCCAGGCUCUCUUCUCCUUUCUUUGGUUUGCUAACGUAUGAAUUUGCCUUUUCAUGCUCUUAGUUACUUCAUAGAAAUGGAAUCAGACAUUUUUAUCCCAGGUUUCCAUGUGUUUUCAAGGUCUCUCCAUGUUGUACACUCAUCAGGGGUUCCUCUCUCUCCUUCACUCCGUCAUUCCUCCUGCUCCCACCAUUCGUUCAUUAACUAUCAACUGAGAGGCCUGCAGGUCUCAACCUUCCUGCAAUCCUCCUGCUUCAGCCUCCUGAGUUGGUGGGAUUGCAGACAUGAUCUACCAUGCCCAGCUUCUGGUUCUAGGCAAGCACUCUACCAGAACUACACCCUCACCUCGUAAUGCUGCUUUUAGGCACUGGUCUGAGCCCUGUUUUCAGUUCUUUUGGGUAUAUGUAGGAGUAAAAUUACAGUCUUACACGAUGACUUUAUGCCUAACAUUCAAAAAAACGCCAACCCUUCCACAGCAGUACACAUUUUAAUAGGAGAGUUCAGAACCUUAAUUUUAAUCAUUUUUUAGACAAGGUCUCAGGUAGCACAAACUGGCCUUACACUGACUGUGUAACUCAGGAUAACCUUGAACUUCUUUCUACUCCUCUUGAGUCCACCUACCAAGUGCUGGAAUUACAGGUGUGUGCCAUCAUGCCCAGUUACACGGGGCUGAGGUCAAGCCCAGAGCUCCAUCUGUGUUAAACACGCACUUUACCAAUCCUAGAAUCUUAGAGUUUUGUUUUUUGUUUUUCAAGACAGAUUUUCUGUGUGUAGCCCUGGCUGUCCUGGACUUUGCUCUGUUGACCAGGCUGGCCUCAAACUCAGAGCUUCACCUGCUUUUGCCUCCCAAGUGCUGGGAUUAAAGGAGUAUGCCACCCCUGCCUGGCAGAAUCUUAAGUUUUUAAAUGUCAAUUAUUUUAAGAUAAGAACUGUCUUAGGAUUUCACAAAUUCCGUCUGGAGACAAUAGCAUUUCUAGAGUUGCCCUUUUAGAAUUUUCUUUUUCAUCUCUAGAUGUAAAACAUUCAAUACUGAUUUCUUGGGCAUACAUUCACUGAGAAGCUAGAGAGAUUUUUACAUUCCUGCCGCACGUGAGACAUGCUAAAAAUAGAUCAUGCCACUUUCCAAACGAGUUAACACUCAGGGCUCCCAAGCAGCCUCAAACUCACACCAUGACGAAACACUGGAGUUUUCUUUUCCUUAUUUAAAAUUUUUUUUCUAAAAUUUUAUCUAUUUUGUAUAUGUUGGCAGGGGGCAUGAAUGCUGUGUCCCUAGUGUGGAAGUCAAGAGGAAGGCUACUCUUUUCUGUUCCCCAUGUAGGUUCUGGGGAUCAAACUCAGGUUGUCAGGGUUAGCCCAAGCCACUUUACCUGCAAGGCCAGCUUGUUGACUUUAGAUUUUUAUCUCCUACAAAAUGCUUACGUUCCUAAGUGUAAACUAUAGUGGUUUUCCAAAGUUAGAUCUGUGUUGUAUGCAGUCUGUUAUCAGUAUCAUGGUUUGAAAUAAAUAACUGUGAGUUGGGCAUGCUGGUACACUCUAGAAUCCCAGCACUUGGCAAGACUGAUGUAGAGGUAGGCUUGUGAGCUCAAGGCUAGCCUGGGCUGUGUAGCAAGGAUCUGUUUAGGUUGGGGAAGAGAUGGUACAGGAAGGGAGCGGGCAUGGAGUGAUGAGGGAAACAAGAAUAGGACAUGGAGAAGAAGAGAGGAGGCUGAAGGGAGGCAAAAUGGGGAGAGACAGAGAUCGCUAAAUAGGAAAAACAGAUAGCAUUGAUAAAUGGGAAAAAUGAAAAUAGUUUAGGACCCCAGCUCCAUUGCCAACUAAGCACUACAAGCCAUUAUCCAAUUUAAUCCCCUCAGUAACCCAUAUGGAGUAAAAGUUCUUACUCUGUUGUGCAGGUGAGAAACGAUGCACACAAAGAUGUUAUUGUCUAAAGUCAGGUCAAGUAAAAUGUAGCAGGCCUGCAUUUGAUUCUUUUUUUUUUGUUUCUUUUUUUCCGGAGCUGGGGACCGAACCCAGGGCCUUGCGGUUGCUAGGCAAGCGCUCUACCACUGAGCUAAAUCCCUAGCCCCCUGCAUUUGAUUCUUUAAGUUUAUUUAGUCACACUUGCUGGUCCUGAUGAAGACAAUAUCUUCAAUCCUGUGUGGAGUUCACCCCAGAGAUGAGCCCAGUACAGUUGACAUUGCAGGGACACAUUGUUUUAAAAAGGCAGCUGGAAUUCAUUACGACCCUGUGAAGGCUGCUCAUUCGCAUCUCUGAGCUUUAAUAAAGUCACCAUCUUCUCAGUAUUCUAGGGACCAGCAACUCCUAUAUGAGGCAGUGAUAAUUAGAAGGUCCUGAGUGAAACUCACUACGACACUUGCCGUUUGCCUUUUGUUAUGGAUUCUGUAGUGACUCUCCCCUACUCCCUUGAAACUUGGUGCUUUUAUAAAAAUGCCUGUUAAAUAAGAUAAUGGGAAUUGCUACUGGUUCUGUGGUGGUUGAUCUCUGCUCCCCCAGUUUCCAUACAUGAAUUUGUGUAUGUUUUCAUGAGUGUGUGAAAGUGAUGAAGCACGGUGAUAGAAGGCAUGGGGUUUGGUGUCAGACCGACCUGAAGUUGUCCCUGGCUUUAGGAUUACUUGUGUCUAUUUAGGCAAGGCACUGAACUUCUGAACUUCUCAAACCUCGAGUUGCUGGUCAGGAAACUACUUUAACUUGUGGUCAAAUGCUUACUUGUGGCUUUUCUUUACACAGUCUUAGCUACCUGUAAUCAACUGCAUACAAAAAUAAUAAAUGGCGUUUCGGAAAUGAUGACCCACAUGCUGCUCUGAGUUGUGUGAUGGACUCUCACACCAUCUGCCUAGGAUGGGACUCAUCAUGGGUGCAUCACACACGUCUAGGCAGCAUGUGCUCCCCACCUGACAGUCAUACAAUGCCUAUCUUGGUUAUCAGGGUAAGAGAAACCUGGAGUUCUUGACUUAAAAAGAAAGAAAAAAUAAUACGUUGAACGUGCUAAUAAUAUACAAUACACCAUUUUGGGAGAUGACAAUUCAUAUUACUCGUGUGUGUGUGUGUGUGUGUGUGUGUGUGUGUGUGUGUGUGUGUGUGUUUUGAGACUGAGUCUCACUGUGCAGUCCUGGUUUACCCGGAGCUUGAUUCGUAGACCAGGCUGACCUUGAACUAUCAGAGAUCUGCCUGCCUUCUGAGGACUUGGACUGAAGACGUGCACUACCAUGCUCAGCUAUUCACAUGACUUAUUAUAGUAUAAUUAUACCAUAUUAUUCAGAAAUAAUAACCCACAUGCUAUUCAUGUCUGGACACACACACACGCACACAUACACACACACACACACACACACACACACACACACACACACACACUGUGAAUGUCAUUUCCCCGAAUGAUCUAUUGUAUGUUUUAUUUAAUCUCUGCUCUGCUUAAAUAAUACAUUGGACUUUUUAUUAUAGUUGUAUGAAUAAAAAAUGUAGCAUACAUAGGAUUUAGUGUCAUCCCUGCUUUCGGGUGUAUUCCUAGGGCUAAGGUUAGACUUCCUGCCCUAGGAGGGAGGGACUGCUGUGACGUUGACCCACAGCACUGCUGGGGGCUAAAACGACACAUUUGAUUUGGUAAAAUAAGUUCAGGAAUCAUUCAUAGUUAACAUCCCCCCCAUUUCUUGUAGAAGAUUUGAUCAAAGGACUAAAAGAUUGUGGUUUUUUAGGAUACAAAAUGGUAAUUUGUACUAUUCUACUUAUGCACAUCAGUGGCUAACAUAGAGGCAGUGACUGAGGUAAAGUAAAUCAAAUAGAUGGAGUGUGCAUCAGUGAUUACAUCAUGUCCGAACUGCCAAAGCCCAAAGGGAUUGCUGUGUACAGCACCUCACUAAGGUAUGCAGAUGAUUCUUUUCAAAUUGUAUGUACAUGGGUGCUCUAGCUGCUCUGUCUGGUAUCUGCUCUAUCUGUUCUGUGUGCAGAAGAGGGCAUCAGAUCCCAUUACAGAUGGUUGUGAGCCACCAUGUGGCUGCUGGGAUUUGAACUUAGGACCUCUGGAAGAGAAGCCUGUGCUCUUAACCACUGAGCCAUCUCUCCAGUCCAAAAACAAAUGUUUGUGAAUAAUAAAAAUAUACUUAAGGGUCUGGGUGUAACACAGUCUGUGGAGUGCUUGCCUAGCAUGCAUGCAGUCCUGGGUUCAGUCCCCAGCACCACAUAAAACAGGGCAUGGUGAUAAGGAUCUCAAAUCACAGUGCUCAGAAGGGGGAUGCAAGGCCACAGACAUUCUUGACUGUAUACUGAGUUGAAUGCCAGUCCUGUCUCAGGAAAAAGAAUGUAUAUAUUUUAAACUCUGCUAUGACUAAAGGGAUUCCUUGUGGGAAUGAGUCAGACCUAAAGGUUAGUAGCAGCGGUCUUGCUAAUUUUAGAUAGAUAUCAUGCUGUGUGAAUAACAAGCUACAAAGACCUAAUAGAUGCCCGGAUUGUCGUUAUCAAGUAAAGUAUAACUGAACUUGAAGCGUUUACCCCGUGGCUCCAUUCCAAUGGCAGGAUAAGAUAUUUAAAGUGCAAAUGCAAAGCAGUUUAUAUAAGUGAUUGUAUUCUCUGUGACAUUUUACAUCUUAGCUAAGCUUCAUACUUUAAUAAUCAACUGAAAGGUAGGAAAUAAUUUAAUAGAAAAAGAAGAAAGUUGUUGUAUCUCAAUAUGAGUAUUUCUAUUUUUUUUUCUUUUUUUCAGAGCUGGGGACCGAACCCAGGGCCUCUAGGCAAGUGCUCUACCACUGAGCUAAAUCCCCAACUGAGUAUUUCUAUUUUUAAGCUCCCUUUCCAGUGGGUACUGCUUUGGGAUGAAAAUAAUAAGAUAUCCUUUCAUUUAGAUAUAAACAUUGCGGGGUUGGAUGGCUUAGGACCAGGUAGGCACUUUGCUUAUACAGUAGACACAGCUUCCUUCUCUCAUGAAGUGAGGAGGGAUGGAUACAAAGCAAUGGCCAAAAUCCUCUACAGUAAUGGAGGAAAUUUGUCUUGAGAGCUGUGGGACUGGGGCAAGGAUGUUUAUUACAUAGCUAAAGGCGUGGGGUGGGGGUUGGGGACUAGGUUGAACUAUGUGAAUGCCAGGAUUUUGCUGUCUAUUAGGUCUUCAGAGCUGUUAUUCAUACAGCGUGAUGAUCUGCCUAUCUAAAUUGGCGAGAUCUCGGCUUAGGUCUGACUCACACUCACAAGGAAUUCCUUUGCUCAUGAUACAUACUUUAAAUAUAUAUGAGCAUAGUCUUUUCUCAACAAUUUCCCCAGCCUGCCUGUCUAAAACAGAUCAGCUAUUCACCAGCUGUAGGCUGCUUAGUGUGAACUCAGUCCAUCAGCCAGCUGCCUCUGCCUACCUGACAUGCAUUUUGCUAAUGAGGUAUUGAAAGGUGACAGAGGGAAAAGAUCAUUUUAUGCUUAAGAUGAUGAAGUUGCAGCUUGAAGUGGGCGUUGAAGUAGCAGCUUCAGGAAGGAGUCUGGAAGGUGACAAAGAGCCCAGCUAAAGAUGAGAGCAGAAGAGUAAAGUUGGAAGGAAGGACUCAUUAAAGGGAGGUAGACAAGUAGGGGCGUGUGUGUGUGCGCGCGUGUGUGUGCAUGCAUGUGUGUGUGGUGUAUGUGUGUGUGUGUGUGCGCUGUGUGUGCGUGUGUGUGCGUGCGCGCGUGUGCGUGCGUGUGUGUGGUGUGUGUGCGUGUGGUGUGUGUGUGUGCGUGUGUGUGUGGUGUAUGUGUGUGUGUGGUGUGUGUGUGGUGUGUGUGUGGUGUGUGUGUGUCGUGUGUGUGUGUGUCGUGUGUGUGUGUGUGUGUGUGCGCGCACGCGUGUGUGCACGUGCCCAUGGGGUGUGUGUGUACAUGUGUGUGUGAAAGACUAAAGAGGGGUAUCAACUGAGAUAAGCUGGCAUUAUAGAGAACAGCAAUAUGGGUUAUGUAGCUGGCAAGUUGGAUUUUUCAGAGGUUAGCUGAGCUUUAGGACAGCUUCUGAGUGUUUGCUCAAUUGUUAAUAGGAAGAAUGCACUGGGGUCGCCUUCUCUUGCUCUUUUAAUUUGGCCUUAUACCAGGAUUAAGUGUUCUGCAAACAGAAGGUGUUCACAUUGCUAACGGUAUACCCUAUAGACAUUUAUAAAUGUGCUCAACAAUUAAAAUAUUUCUGCUUUAAACACUGGCUGUCCAUGAGUAGAACACAUGGAAUCCAAUGUUCUUUUCCCUCCCUGUGGGGGAAAUGCUUAAGUAUAAGAAACAUAAGUCUGAUACUUCAGUUGAUAAUUAAAAUUAUGGUGUCAGUCCGAUGUACCAUACUGUUGGGAUCUGCUUUUGGAAGGAACAGAUGGUAAUUGAUUCUGUUGUUCCAGAUCUGUGACGACCAAAGGCUGUCAAAGCCCAUUGCCCACUUGCUGUCCUUGUCACUUGUAAAACAGCGAGGUAGCAAAGGAUAAAAAAGAUGUCAGGGAACUGGCCCAGCAUCGCUAGUGCUCUGUUUCUUCCACCGGGGCAAACCUGCCAAGCUGGAUUUGUUUUCUGGUCUUUCAAAUGAGAACAGUAGUGUCUCCUUUACUCAUGGAGACAUGGACUGCGAGAGGGGAUAAUAUAGUUUAUCUAAGCACAUUUUUAGCUACCAAACAGAAUAGUUUUAAAAAGUCUUGGACUCAGGGGCUAGGGAGAUAGCUCAGCAUUAAGAGCACUGGCUGCUCUUGCAGAAGACCCAGGCUUGGCUCCCAGCACCUUCAUGGCAGCUCACAAUUAUCUUUACUCUAGUCUCUUCGGACUUCUGAGGGCACCAGGCAUGCAUACGGUGCAUUACAUGCACAUGCAGAAUUAACAUUUAUGCGCACAAAAUGACAUUUGCUUAUUGGUUUCUUUUACAUAUUCACUUUACAUCAUGCUCACUGUCCCCCUCCCCAUCACCUCUCCUACAAUCCUUCCCUCAUCUUCCCCCCUUCUCCUCUGAACAGAUUCCCUCCUCCCCCGCAAGAUAUCCCCCUGCCCUGGCACAUCAACUCUCUGCAAGGCUAGGUGCAUUCUUCCACUGCGGUCAGACAAGACAAUCCAGCUAGAAGAACGUAUCCCACAGACAGGCAACAGCUUUUGGAACAGCCCCUGCUCCUGUUGUUGGUGAAACCACAUGAAGACCAAGCUGCACAUCUGCUACACAUGUGCAGGGAAGCCUAGGUCUAGCCCAUUGGAUGUUUUUUGGUUAGUAGUUCAGUCUCUGAGAGCCCCAAGGGUCCAGGUGAGUUGACUCUUUUGGUCUUCUUAUAGAGUGUCUAGCCCUCUGGGGCUCACAAUCCUUCCUCCUAUUCUUUGAUAAGAGCCCCCAAGCUCCAGCUACUGUUUGGUUGUCAGACAGAUGUCUGCAUCUGUCUGAGUCAGCUGCUGGGUGGAGCCUCUCAGGACAGCCAUUCUAUACUCCUGUUGGCAAGUAUAACAGAAUAUGAUGAUCAAUAGUCAGGGAUUAGUGCUUACCCAUGAGAUGAGUCUCCAGGUGGACCAGUUAUUGGUUGGCCAUUCCCUCUGUCUCUGCUCCAUACUCUGUCCCUGCAUUUCUUGUAGUCAGGGUAAAUGUUGGGUCAAAAUUUUUGAGGAUGGAUUUUGGUGUCCCUAGGAAGUGACCUCUUCAGGUCCCAUAUCCCCAAUGCUGUGAGUCACACUUAAGGAUACCCCCAUUGGCUCUUGGGUGCCUCCCUUCUCAUAGCUCUCUGUCUUGUCCUGAAGAUGCCCCUACCCCCAGCCCCUGGGAGUUGUAGAUUUCCAUUCAUUCUCAUGGACACCAUCGCACAAAGACACUUGCUCAACUGUGUUAAUAGCAUCUUUAUUCCUUUAGCCAGAGAUUAGACACAACCUAGAUGUCUCUCAACUGAUAAAAAAAAAGUGGUAAUCUAUACAAUGGAAUACAAUUCAGCUAUUAAAAGCAAAGAUAUUAUGAAUUUUGCAAGCAAAUGGAUGGAUCUUGAGAAUAUCAUCCUGAGGUGAGAUAACCUAAUCCUAAAAGGACAUGCAUGGUGUGUACUCACUUAUAAAUGAAUACUGGCCAUAAAGUACAGGAUACCCAUGCUGCAGUCUACAGACCCAAAGAAGCUGAACAAGAAGGCAGGCACAAGCAAGGAUGCUGUUAAGUUGCUGGACAGCCUGAACGUGUGGGUCAUGUGGACUUACCAUAAGGACACCCAGGGUUGCCAUCCCAGGAGUAGGAAUGGCUUCUCAGGACUGUUGUCACUUUAUUCCUUAAGAGAUGCAGGUAAAGGGGCAAAGGCUUUAGGGACCAGGUGUGUCUUAUGUACGAAUGCAGGAGGAUGGUUCUUAGGCAUCUGUAGUCAGUCUUCUCAACUAGAAAACAACAUUGCUAGUAGCUGUCUGCACCAUCUGCAGAUUAGUUUGUUGGUUGCCUCGUUCUCAUAACAAAGGCCCGGCUGGGCUGGAACUCUGUAUAAACCUGGCUGCAAACCUUCAAAGAUCCUCCUGCCUCCUAACACCAGCCAUGUGCCACGUGCCUGGAUUUUUUUAAAAAAGAAUUUAGUAUUGCCUGGUGGUGGUGGCCACACCAUUAAUCCCAGCACUUGGGAGGCAAAAUCAGGCAGAUCUCUGAGUCUGAGACCUAGUCUAUAGAGCAAGUUCCAGGACAGCCAGGACCACACAGAGAAACCCUGCCUCAAACAAACACCCCCCACCCCCAAGCCAGAAAUCUGCAAAAUUUAAGUACUGCUUUGAUUAUACAUGAACACAGUGCGAGAUUUAAUUUUUGUGAAAGUUAGUUGAUUAUUUCUAAAUUACAAUAGGCUUUUAAAAUGUGAGCUAUGGGUUGUGGCUGUAGCUCAUUUAGGGCCCUAGCCUGGAAUACAUAGAUAGAAAAGUUAGAGUUGAACAGAGUUUGAAAGGAGAGGGAUAGACACUGCCAUCAACCCAAGAGGAAAAUGCGUUAACAAUACAGUUACUGAUAUGUAAUUUAAAACUGUUUCCUAUGGGGAUAAAACGAUAGAUGGCCCUAGAUGCAAUAGUCAGAACCUGAGCAAUUUGUUAAAUCAGAAGUUUUUGAGGCUGUUAGCUGCUAAAUGCUGCAAGAUAAAACAACUUUUAAUAUAAUUUUUCCUUCAUUUAUGUGCGUGCAUGCCUAAGGAAGCCAGAAGAGGACACUGGGUCCCCUGGAACUAGAGUUAUAGGUGGCUGUGAGUCAUGUGAUGUGGGUACUGGGAACAAAACCCGGGGUCCUCUGAGAGCACACACACACACACACACACACACACUCACACACACAUACACACACACUCACACACACAUACACACACACUCACACACACAGACACACACACACAGACACACAAACACACACACACAGACACACAGACACACACACACAUACACACAGACACACACACACAUUACACACACACACACUCACACACACACACACACAAACAUCUGGCCCAGACAUGGUAGCACAUGUCUUUAAUCCCAGCACUCAGGAGGCAGAGGCAGGUGUAUAUCUGUGAGUUCAAGGUCAGCCUGGUCUACAAAGGGAGUUCCAGGACAUCCAGGGUUACUUAGAGAGAACCUUUCUCAAAAAAAAUUUUUUUUUCAUAGACUAAGGAGCUGAAAUCAGUGAAGAGGAUAUUCUUUUAACAUAACUUAUUCUAUUCACUCCAUUUCUUUUUGAUACAAGGUCUUGUAUACCCUAGGCUGGCCUCAACUCAAUAUGUAGUUGGGGAUAACCUUGAACUAUGAUUCUCCUGCUUUUACCUCUCAAGUGCUAGGAGUAUAUGUGAACUAUAUUAUUUAUGUGGUCUUGUGGAUCAAACACAGGUUUCUUGUGUCCUAAGCAAGUACCCUAUAAAGAAGUUACAUCCCUGGCCUCCUCUCACCCCUCUUCUCUUUCCUUCUAGACUGGAUGUGAGAUUUAUUACUGAGCAUGAAUGUGGGGGGCAGAACUCAGUACAGUGGAAGCCUGCAGGAGCGCAGGUCUUAGGGACCAUGGUGGGGAUAUAUUUGACCCCAGAGCCAUGGAGCAUGAGCUUCUUCUCAGCUCUCAUGUCCAACUGAUCUGCAUUUAACGUGGUGAACCCCUACUUCUUUGACAUGUAGAUCUUCUGGUAGUCAGAAAACUUGACUUGGCUCUCCACAGGGCCUCAAUUACAUGUUCCUUAUUCUGUCGUUUGGUGGGGAUGGACAUAGUGACCUGGCCAAUGUGAACUCUGGACCCUUAGGCUUUCCAAUAUCACCCUGAAUACCUGUCUGGAGCUGACACUUAGGACAGCACUGAGAUCAGAGACAUGAAUAGCCACAAGAAAAUCCUCUCCAAGGCCCCUUAGGGCAGAGCAUGAGUGACAGGCUGGAAUACCACCAAGGAGGCUGCUGUUUGCACACCAGGACUGCAUGAGGGAAGGAACCUGGUCAGUUUAUUGGCUCCAGGUUUCUUUUGAAGUGGUCUCAUCUGUGACCCAGGUGGAACUCAAACCCAGUCUCCCUGCUUCAGCCUUUUGAGUGCUCGGUUUAAAGGCUCGAACCCACGUGCCUGUGCUGCUAUUGCUUUUUAACCAGGCUGUCACAGCUACUAAAUGUUUCCUAUAAACCACAUUGUUUAUGUCCUUGGGUACUGACUUAUGUAGCACUGGAGAGAUGGUAUGCAUUUAAAACAAGUAUAUUUUAGAGGCUGGAGAGAUGUGUAAGUGAUUAGGAGCACACAAUGCUCUUCUAGAGGACCUGAGUUCAGUUCCCAGCACCCAUGUCAGGUGACUCCCAAAAGGCCUGUAACUCUAUCUAGCUCUGGGGUAUCUAUUUGAUGUUCUCUCCUCAACUCCAUUCUCUUGAACAAGUACAUACACAUGCACAAUUAAAAAUACUAGAUCAAUGGAUCAACAGCCAAGAGCACUCUUGGCUCUUCUAGAGCUGUUCUGUUCCCAGCACCUAUAUGGUGGGUCACAACUGUCUGUGACUCCAGUUCCAGAGGAGCCUCGCCCUCUUCAGAACUCCUUGGGUACUAGACAUGCAAGUGAUACACAGACAUGACAUACAUGAAGGCAAAACAUCAUAUACAUAAGAAUAAAUCUUUAAAUAUUUAAAUAUUUAAAAAUAAAAUAAGCAUAUUUCUGUGGAGGAAAGUUGAUAGUUUAGAACGCUUUGUUAACACAGCUUCUUUUGAAUGGGUGCUCAUACACGGCACACACAGAGGAAGAAAAACAACGAAAUGAAAAUGAAGGGUCUUUAGCUCUCUGCUUUAUUCUCCAUAGUUUAUAGUUCCUUUUAAUAUUUAAGAUACAAAUAUUGGAAUAAUAGUUUUAGCUUUAAUUCUACCUGAAUUUUUCCUUAGGUUUAUCCAGAAUAAAUGAAAAUUACUUUGGUGUUUUCUAAAAGAUAUUUAACUGGACAGAUCCAGCUGUUGCAUUUAUAAAUAGCUACAGAUGUCUACAGUAAUGAAGGAUUUACUCAGGUUGUUAUGGCAACUCAGAUUCCACAGAACCUCAAAGAUAAGCUAUAUUGAAGGAAGAGAGUACAUUAAAUGUACAUUUAACCCAAUUAUACAAUGAAAUUAUUGCUUACUGUCUAUCAUUUUAGAUUUUAAAAGAGAAAUUAGUUUUAGCUCAGCAAAGGGUCUCCCAUUAAAUUACAGGCUUGUGAAUCCUUUUACGGGUUUCCUGCAGCUGUGGUGGACUGUGCUGACCAUUUAAAUUCUCUCUCCUCCUAGUAUGCCCUUCCACACCUCCUUCUCUGUCCCUGUCCUCUGUCUCUGGUACUGAGAAUGGAGCACAAGGCUUCAACGUGCUAGGCAAAUGUUCUGCCACUGAGCUAUGUCCCCAGACCCUACCUGUCUUUUGCUCCUCUUGGUGAUGAAUUGGAUACUUGUUUAAAUCUGCUGGCUAAGGCUCAAGGUACAUUUCUGAGUCCAUGGAAUAUGGCAAAGAUUUCUCUGAAUUUUACUUCCAUGAUCUCAUCAUAAAGAUUUAUUCAGUGGGACUUGGUUAUAGUCUAAGACCAUUGAAUUAGUUGGUCUGUCUGGGCGUAGUGGGACAGACUCACAGCUUCAGUGUUCAAGAGAAUAAGUAGAACAGUUGCAAGUUUGAGGGCAAUCUGGACUAACAGAAAAAUUAAAAAAUAAAUACAUUUCAAACUAGGGAGAUGGCUUAUUAUAGCGGUUUUCAACAUGUGGGUCACAGCUCCUUGGGGGAGUCAAACAACACUUUCACAGGGAUUGCCUAAGACUAUUGGAAAACAAGAUAUUUACAUUGUGAUUCACAACAGUAGCAAAAUUACAGUUAUGAAAUAGCAAUGGAAUAAUUUUAUGGUUGUGGUCACCACAACACGAAGAACUGAAUUAAAGGGUAGCAGCUUUCGGAAGGUUGAGAGCCGUUGGCUUAGUAGUUAAGAGCACUUGCUGCUUUUGCAGAAGCCUGGGUUUAAGUUUCCAGCACCUAUGUGGCAGCUCACCACCAUCUCUCUGUAACUCUGAUUCUUGAGAUCUGAAACCCCCUUCUGGCGUCUGUUGGCACCUGCAUGCCCAUGGUACCACAUACAUACAUGCAGGUAAACACAUAAAAACCAAUGUUUUUAAAAAGCUCUCAUAAGGCAGGCGUGGGUGUGGGUGUAGAUGAGGGUGUGUGUGUGGGUGUGAGAUUAUAAAGUCAGUGGAGUUUUCUGGAUUUUGGUACUGGUGAUAGCUGGAGUUCCUGGCAGUUGUAAGCUGCCAGACAUGGUUGCUAGGAUCCAAACUCAGAUCCUCUAGCAGACCAGCAAGUGCUCCUAACCACUGAGCCAUCUCUUGAGCCCAAAGAUUUAUUUUUAAUUUUAUAUCCGUACAGUGGGUGUUGGAGGGGAUGCACAUGUGUGCAGGUGCCUUCAGAGCCUAGAAGAGGACAUUGGGUCCCCUGGAAUUGGUGCUACAAGCAAUUGUAUGGUGCCUGAUGUGGGUGCUAAGAACCAAACAUGGGAUGUCUGCAAAUGCAUAACUGCCCUUCCUUUCUGGCUGCCGCUUUAGCCAGAGCCACAUCAGAUGAAGUCCUCCAGAGUGACCUUUCUGCUCACUGUAUCCCAAAGGAGACGGACGGCACAGAAGGGACUGUGGAAAUUGAGACAGUGAAAUUAGCCCGUUCUGUCUUCAGCAAACUACACGAGAUUUGCUGCAAUUGGGUGAAGGACUUCCCUCUACGCAGGAGGCCACAGAUUUAUUAUGAGACGUCAAUCCAUGCCAUCAAGAACAUGCGAAGGAAAAUGGAGGACAAACAUGUCUGCAUCCCUGACUUUAACAUGCUCUUCAACCUAGAGGACCAGGAGGAACAAGCAUACUUUGCAGUGUUUGAUGGCCAUGGGGGAGUGGAUGCUGCUAUAUAUGCCUCGGUUCACCUACACGUUAACUUAGUGCGCCAGGAGAUGUUUCCCCAUGACCCUGCUGAGGCUCUCUGCCGGGCCUUCCGUGUCACAGAUGAGCGGUUUGUGCAGAAGGCAGCCAGGGAGAGUUUACGAUGUGGGACCACAGGAGUAGUGACUUUUAUCAGAGGCAACAUGCUCCAUGUGGCAUGGGUGGGCGACUCCCAGGUCAUGCUGGUAAGAAAGGGCCAAGCUGUUGAACUCAUGAAGCCUCACAAGCCAGACAGAGAGGAUGAAAAGCAGCGAAUUGAGGCCCUUGGAGGUUGUGUGGUUUGGUUUGGUGCCUGGAGGGUGAAUGGAAGCCUGUCCGUCUCCAGAGCCAUCGGAGAUGCUGAACACAAGCCAUAUAUCUGUGGAGAUGCAGAUUCUGCCUCCACUGUUCUGGAUGGGACUGAAGACUACCUCAUUCUGGCCUGUGAUGGCUUCUAUGAUACCGUGAACCCUGAUGAGGCAGUGAAGGUUGUGUCUGACCACUUGAAAGAGAAUAAUGGAGACAGCAGCAUGGUUGCCCACAAAUUAGUAGCAUCAGCUCGUGAUGCGGGGUCAAGUGAUAACAUCACUGUUAUUGUGGUAUUCCUGAGGGACAUGAACAAAGCUGUAAAUGUUAGUGAGGAAUCAGAUUGGACAGAGAACUCUUUUCAAGGAGGGCAAGAAGAUGGUGGGGAUGAUAAGGAGAAUCAUGGAGAGUGCAAACGCCCUUGGCCACAGCACCAGUGCUCAGCACCAGCCGAUCUAGGCUAUGAGGGGCGUGUGGAUUCAUUCACUGAUAGAACUAGCCUGAGCCCAGGGCCCCAAAUCAACGUGCUGGAAGAUCCAGACUACUUAGAUCUCACACAAAUAGAAACAAGCAAACCUCACAGUACCCAAUUUUUGCCACCAGUUGAGAUGAUUGGUCCUGGUGCACCAAAGAAAGCAUAUGUUAAUGAGCUAAUAAUGGAGGAGAGCUCAGUCACGCCAUCACAGCCUGAACGGAGUGGUGCUGGAGAGCUUCUGGUUUCUUUUAAUUUGGGUUCAACAGGGCAACAGAUAUGCAGAAUGGAGAACUUGUCCCCUGUCUAUUCUGGGUUGGAAAAUGAACAGUUCAAAUCCCCGGGGAAAAGAGCGUCUAGAUUGUAUCAUUUACGCCACCACUACUCCAAAAGGCAGCGUGGAUUCAGGUUUAAUCCAAAGUUUUAUUCAUUUUUUUCUGCUCAAGAGUCUUCUCGAAAAAUAGGCAUUAGCCUCUCCUCACUUACUCGAAGUGGGAAGAGAAACAAGAUGUUAAGAAGUUCUUUGCCAUGGAGGGAAAAUAGUUGGGAAGGAUAUAGUGGAAACAUGGCGAUCAGAAAGCGUAAUAAUAUUUCAUGCCCAGACCUUCCCUGGGACUAUAAAAUUUAAGACUUUUUCUUCAAUGUAGGCUAGCUAGUUCUCUCAAAAAUAUAACUAUCAGAGUAGAAACAAGGUAGACAUUUUUAACGUACAUGUGCUUCAUUAUGAAUCCACGGAUGGCUCAACCCUCAAAUGUACAUAGAUCUUUAGGAAACUCAAAAUAGCGUUUUCAAUCUAAUCAAAAGUAUUGGCGGUUUCACUAGAAAAAUUAUUCAACUGGUCCCUGUGAUGUGUCUCCACACCUACAUACAGCCCCUCUCCACCAUCCCUUCACGUCACUAGUGGAAGCUUGAAAGUUAUUCCAGUCAGAAUAUAUGGUAUAGAAAUCGCAACUAUCUGGUCUGAUGUGCCUAAUCUAAAGGAAACAAUGCAGAAUUAAUUUUUGUUGGGAAAUGUCCCUCAAGAACUUGGGGACUAUGGAGCAUCUCCUCCCAAUUGCUUGGGUAGGUGAAAGACUAAAAGCCACACGGGUCCUAACUGCUGAUGAAAGAUGCAGUAACCAGUACCAAAGUGUCCUACUCUCAGACUCGGGAGGCAGUAUAUGUGAGAGAAUUCAUUUUUCAUAGAAAGAGGAAGGCAACUAUGAACAUUUCUAAUUAAAAUACAUCGUAAGGUUUUAGUUAUUUGAGCGUUUUAUAACCUGUUGUGGUGCUUUUGGUGGGAUUCUGUUACUCUUCAUUUUAGGAGACCACCGCCAGCUGGCUGUAACCUAGGAUGCUAAUGUUUUUCACAGUACCUUCAUCUCAGGAAUAAAAGUGGUUUAGCAGAGAUGAUGUCAGGUAUGCUAUAAGACUCAUGCCAUUUAAAAAGAGCUGUGAAAAUAACAUUUCUAUAUUUUCUGCUUUUUUAUGUUUACAGACAGCAAAGGCAUAUAUUACUAUAAUAUAACAUGUAGUUUGAAGAAUGAAAAAAAAAAUGAUAGUUUUAACUUCUCUAAAAUUGUUUUCCCCAAGGGAAUGAAGUAAUUGGUAUGAAGGAAGCUGAGUGUGAACCCAGAGGCCAAGUGCAAAGGAGAAUGCAGAUUACUGGGAGCCAGGGCUGUUUAGUUGUAACUGCAAGACGAGCCAGAGUCCAGCUACUUGCUUCAGACCACAGUGACAGGUCAUGUGCUUCUCAUUUCAAUACUUAAGUUAUAGCUUAUAGUUCUAAAUCAACUACUUCCUGCCAUUUCAAAGUUUCAAAGCAGAAACCCAGCAAGUACAGGAUCAUGUUUGUUCAGUGAGGCAGCCUGGUUUCUCUCAGCCAUGGGUCCACAUCCUCAUGUUCCCCACCCCCGACGCUGGGCCAGUGUCGCCAAGAGGCAGGAGUAGCUGCUAGAGCCAUUGCUCACAGUGCAGGCACGGCUCCUAUGUAAUCAUGUUCUAUGUAACAGCAAUUCACGAGGCACUCUCCAGACCCACACAAGACUAAGGUCCCCAAAUUUCAAGACAUAAGUGACUAAUAUACCACAGGUACAUCAACUUGUUAAGAGACCAAAACCCGGCUUCUCUUUAGCAAUAAUCACACUGUUAAUCUAUAGCUUUUAUUUUUCAAAAUUUGAGAGUAAGUGGAGAUUCUCGGUAUGUUUUCUGUUGACCUUGGCGUCACCUUCCCCUCCCCCACAGUCACUGUUAACCGCUCAGGUGAAGAGGAUACCAAGGCUCCACCUCAGCAGUGUAAACUUCCAUCACCUCUCUCCUGCUCUGCCCACACGUGGCCCUCGCUCAUGGCCGUUGUCUUUUUGAAGCCCAGAUCUUGUUGACACCCAUGAGGCACAGGGACACUUCUAAGGAGACAGGAGGAGGGGGCUGCAGAACACAGGUGUGUACACUCAGGUCCCAAAGUCUAAGGACAUCUGCGGUCAUUAUUUGCUGGCAGUGAUUUUGAUCAGGAUGAGGAGAAAAGAAGAAACAUUUUGGGGUGAUACAGGCUUUUUAUCAGUGGGGUAAAAAAAACUGGGUGGAUGAAACUGGGACAAACAGACCCAUUUUGAAAGGUCUGGAUUUUGUAGGUCUGACUACACAGCAGUGUUAAAACUCCAUUUCUCAUAUCAUUCGCUCUCUAGAAAAUAGAGAAAAGUAUUUCUAGUGUGGUCAAGUUAAUAAACCAAUAUUGUAGAAAAUAACUUCAUUUGUUCACAAUGUGCGUAUUUAUAAGGUAGUUAGGUACCAUUUGUAAGGUAAGUCCUUUAACAUUCUAUGAUAUUAAAGUAGUGGUUAUUGGCCUGAUAAACGCUGCUGUUGGUUCUAAAAACCAGACAAGAAGCAGUGCUUUGUGAAAUGCAGUGUUAACCCUUACCGCCACUGGUGAUAGGAAGUAGUUCCCUUCAGUUCAAAUCUCUGCCCUUCUUUGCUGCUUGCUAAUGUAAGCAAUAAGUAACCCUCUAACUAAUGGUAUCUAUACAUUUCUGUAACUUAUAUUUAAUGAUGGUGUAUCUGGUGACUGUACAAACAUUAGAUAUAAAAGUAUCUAUACAAUAUAUAUUACUGUAAAUGCUGAGGUAUAGUCUGUGAAUUCUGUGUUUUGUACCUCCACUUCAUCGUGCAGUUUAGUGGUGGUGAGAGCUCUACACUCGGUCCUUAAGGAGUGGCAGCAUCACCUUUUCAAUUAACACGAUCUGCAUCAACCUGUUUGCUUGCUAUAACAGUUUUGUUAAAGUAGGAAAUAGCAAAACAAAUAUAAACAAGAAAGUGUAGUAUCUGAUAGGAAAGUAGACUUCAAGUCACCAACCGAGGUUACUACUCCUUGUACAUUCACUGUGAGUCUCAAAGGGCAUCAGUCCCUAAUUUCAAAGGUUUUUUUUUUUCUUCAUUUUUUUAGACAUGUAUAUUGGGAAGAUAACUGAGAAUGGCAACAUUACAGCACCAAAUAUUGGGGCUAUUAGUUCUAUUUAUGUCUGUACAACAGAGGUCAGACAGAAAAACAUGUAUAUACCUUUCUUUACCUAUAAGUGCCAUCCAUUGUCCUUGAAGUAAUACAAUUAAAGUCCAUGUUGUAUUAAUUUAACAGAAGGCGCCUUGAAAGUAACAUCAUUUCAGAGGACAAUGUUAGUAGUCAACGCUAAGUUAGUCCUGACCACAUUCACAGUGGUACAGCAGCGUCAUUUCAUUUCCAUGACCACCACACUCCACUGCUAGAACACUGUGCAGUAAGACGUGCACCAUCCGCAGGGCAGAUGGAAUGAUGCAUGAUGCAGCUCAGUGUUGCGGACAAGUAAAUUGCUGUGCUUCAACUACGUCUUCCCCAUCAAAGGUUUCCUGAGGUUUUGUGAGAACAGGUCUAAAUGAUUUUAAUUUUUAAACUUAAUUUGUUCAAUGAGCCUUUUCACCUAAGGCUACAAAAGAGGAUACUACAGUUUUGUUCAAACCUUUGUUUGGAGAAAUUUUCUUUGGAUCCUAAGUUACUAAAAGAUUUGUUUUUACCUUUUAUAACCAGGACGAAAACCAAAACCCCAACACUCUUCUAUUUUUAUCUAUGAAAGAUGGUCGUUUCUACAAAACAAAUGAUACUGUCAGUAUUAUAACAUCCAGCCAAAGUGUACUGACUGAAGGAAACCCCUGCUGUUGCAUCCCCAGCAGCAUUUUAACUGUUCAGAACUAUUGAUUAUACUGAUUAGAAAUUGAAGGAGGGCAGGGGAUUGCACACUGGCGCAGCAGUCACUCUUGAAAAGAAAGUGCUUUAAAACUCUGACGUCUGAGAUAAUGCAGAUACAUCAUUGUAAUCUCUCUAGGUGCUCUUUGGUGAGAGACAAGCUUUCUCUUGUUCAUGACAUUUCUCUGCAAAGAACUCUCUGGAGUGAAGUGAGUGGCGUAACGAUUUACAAACCCACUCUACAGAUCACUUUUGAGUUGAGUUGUAAUCAUAAGUGAUCCUUCAUACUUUACUUAUUAAAAAUGUUUAUUCAGGUAAGGAGUAUGUUGAAAUUUUGCCAAUAUCUUAAUAAAACUCAGCAAUUAAAAACCA